GCAAAAUAUCUUGGGCUAGUUUCUCCUUCCAUCUCUCCACAUGUGUGUUAAUUAGCUGGCCAAUGCCAAGGUAAUGUCUUACAAGACUUGAUGGUGCCCCAAAACUCUUUUGUUGUGUUUGCUGCGAGAGACUUUUGUCACAUGGCUACCCCUCUUUUCAUUGCUACAAAGCCAGGGAACUUUGUGUUACCACCUGCCCUGCUUUGUGAAGGGUGCCAGUUAAGAAGGGUCACUGUCAGUGUUCGUCAUUUCUGCAUUUCUUUUCCUCAGACCUUGUAGGAUUUCUGUUUAUCAUCUCCACCCCUGCAGGGCCCAUCAUAUGCAUGUAGAGAGAAUAACUGGGUGCACUCUUCCCACCUUAGAUCAAAUCUAUGCUGCCAGGUGCCAUAAGAAAGCGGCAGAGAUAGCGCAGGAUAGUACACACCCCGGAAAUGAUCUCUUUCAGCUUCUGCCUUCUGGAAGAAGGUAUAGGGUUAUAAAGGCCAGGACUAGCCGCCUGAGAAACAGUUUCUGCGCAAAUGCAAUUCUGGUUCUAAACGCAGCAUAAGGGGUCUCUAUAGUAUAGUGUAUUUUAUAGUAUAGUAUAGUGUAUUUUAAAAUGGGGUUUCAGAGUUUUUAGGGGUUUUUGAAUGUUUUAUGUAGUUUCGCAAUUUCAUUGUUCUGUAUGGGACAAUGACAAUAAAGAUAUCGUAUAUCGUAUACCAGCAGCUCUGCCAACGUUGUGCAUCUGAUGGACACCAGUUCAACAAAGCUCAUGCUGCCAUCAAUUUGUUAGCUUUCUAGGUGUCACAAGACCCUGGCAAGGCCCAGACACACACCAUGGCUGUGUACACACUCUGCACCCAACACAAUCCCACUUAGGGAUGGCAGGAUCUGCCCAGUACACUUCUCUCUGUUUCUCAUUUUGCAAGCAAUUCCCCCACAUAUAUUGUACUUCUAUACGUUACCCUCACUGAUAUAUGAAUUGGAGAUUACAUUUCCCCCUAAUAUAUGCAUUUGUGUAAACAUUGCAUGUUUACACAAAACUGGUGACACAGUUUGGAUGAAUGUGAAUUUAAAAGUACGGUUUUCGUUUCGGUUCUCAUAUUGUUUCAGAAAUUUCAUAGAUUUGACCUUAGGUGGCUCAAUGAGGAUGUGAUACGGCAUCAGUGAGGGGCGCAGCUCACAGUAUCUCCCAUUUUUACACUCUUGCACUUCUUUCAAACACUUUUAUUAACCUCAGCCUGUCCCCUCACACCAUUUCCCCUCAGCUGCAGCCUCCCUUGUUUUUAGCCCAUUCCUCCCCUUGGCUUUUUACCUCAGCAUUUCCCGCUUCACUUGUUUUUGCCUCCACAUCUCUUGGGUCACUCAUUCCUUUUUUCUUUCUAACUGCAGCCUUCACCCCUAUUUAUACACAGUUAUAUUUGUUAAGUUGUGGGUGAACAUAUCAGACGACACAGCGAUUCUUCAAACAGCUCUUGUUUAUUCACAGGCCAGAAAAAGAACUGAACUGAAGGGUUCAGCCAGCCUGCUUAUAUAGAGCUCCAGUACAACGCAACUGUAACAACCUUCUGUAACUAUCCAAUCACUGAACGUCACUUUCAAUCCUUAUUUGCAUAUGUGGACCUGAGUGAAAACUAUCUACAGUAUCCCCCUGCUGGCCCAGGGUGAGAACUUCAGUACAUAACAAUUUUUAUAGGUCAUGCUCUCUUUCCCCUUCACUUUUUUCCUCAGCCUCUCCCCCAAGCCUAGUCACCCCUCACCCUGUCAAUCUCUCUUCUCUUGCACAGCAGUCUGUGCUGAUGACAUAUGGUGGCUCUGCCUAUGGGGGCCCUGUGUACUGCCAUGUGGCCCUGAAGCCCCUGAUUGCUGCCUGCUGCGGAGCUUUCAAAAUCCAGACCUAGCUGGGACGGGAUUGUGGGGCUGCUGUGUGGAGGUGGGUGUUGUAAACAAAAAUCUGCCCUUUUCCCUUAUGGGGUAUCCAAGAGCCCAUAUAGAGUCCUUACGUAGGCUCCCUAUUGGUAGGAGAAAAUAACAGAGGCCAACCAGAGAACAUUGAGAAUCAAAGCAGCUAGUAAGCCUGAUCUUUAUCGAUCUGUUGCAACAGGGUCCUCACUCACCACACGCAGGAGGGAGGAGGAACCCAGAACAAAAGUGUGCCUGCCCUUAUACUGUAUAGACAUUUUAAAUUCCCUCCCUGGAGUCCAAGACCACCCCCAGAAACAUCAUACAUACAUCACAGAAGGGGUGUAGCUCAAGACCCACCCCCCAGAUACAUCAUACCUACAUCACAGAAAGGGUGGUCUACAGCAGAAAUCUGAGUGCUUUGUUUACCUCCUGUCUGCCAGGUUACCUGUUUAAUGGUCACUUGAUUGGACUGCCUGGGGAGCGUGGCCAGUCUUUUGUAAUGAUAAAUACUUAGUUCCUGAGCCAGGUCACAGGCUCACACCCUAUUCAUAUCUUAAAUGUGCCCUUAAUACAGGAUUUGUGAAGGAAAAGACUAUGGGGAGGCUUUUCCAUUUUUCUUUGACCUUGCAGAGAAAACAUUUGGUCAGUUUGGGAUCAAAAAUGGUUUCAGGUCUGUCUAUGUACGUGCUUGGUUGGUACACUUAUGAACAUUUAACAUAUAUCUAAGACCUCAAAAUUCCUAUCACAGUAGGUAUGGACAUCGUCGCUGAGGGCCGCCAAAUAAGGCUUUGAGGGCCACUUGCAGCCUACGGGCUGCAUGUUGGACCACCCUGAACUAGCAGUAGCUGAUUCACUCAGGGGUGGUGCGCCCUGCUGCGCCACUUGAGGUGAUGCAGGAACAUGCCUCCUCCUCAUUGCCACCCCACUGCUGGUGCCUGCGUUGCACAGCAGCACCCACAAAGUGCUGGCAGCAGCUUCCGGAGAAUUCUCGCCAGAAGUGAGGUGGGUGCCUCACCCUGCCACAUGAGGAGGCCCGGGCCUGGAUUAACUACUAUGGAGAACAUUUGUUAUGGAGGAUGCUGAAAUUCCUAAAAGAUCAACUCAAGCAGGUCCUUCUCUCUGUGUGCAAAACUGGGAAUACUACAAAACAUAUAUUUAUUAUGUGCAGCAAUUCAUUACUUAUUUUCCUCUCAAUUGACACUGCGCGUUAAUAAAAAGCAGCUUUUUUUUUUGCUUUUUUUUACAAUGUGGUGGAACUAGCAAAAGAUGGACAACAUUAUGACUUAGCUCAAGGGUCACCAGUCGGUCGUCUGUCCUCUAGAUCAGGGAUGGAGAGCCUGUGGAGGGCCAUAGCCCCACUAUAUGGAAUCUUCAAGUGCACCAUUUCAUUUCUUUUCAUAUACAGUGGUACCUCGGGUUACAUAUGCUUCAUGUUACAUACGCUUCAGGUUACAGACUCCGCUAAUCCAGAAAUAGUGCUUUGGGUUAAGAACUUUGCUUUAGGAUGAGAACAGAAAUCGUGCUCCGGCGGCACAGUGGCAGCAGCAGGAGGCCCCAUUAGCUAAAGUGGUGCUUCAGGUUAAGAACAGUUUCAGGUUAAGAACGGACCUCCAGAACGAAUUAAGUACUUAACCCGAGGAACCACUGUAAAUGAGUGACUGCCAUUCUCCACUGCGGGGAGAAGUAAAGCACUCAGAACCGUGUUAAGGCCCAAACCUGCUCUCAGUCACUCACACUAGGUAGUGUGACAGAGGCCUUGGUGGGAUGAGUGUCCACUGUGUCUCUAAAGAAGUGUUUCCCAAACUUGGGUCUCCAGCUGUUUUUGGACUACAACUCCCACCAUCCCAAGCUAGCAGGACCAGUGGUCAGAGAUGAUGGGAAUUGUAGUUCAAAAACAGCUGGAGAACCAAAGGUUGGGAAGCACUGCUCUAUAGGCACAGAGUGCACAGGCUUUUGAAAUAUGCAGGAGUUCUUUGCAAAUCUCUCUUUACACACACACACGCACGCACGCACGCACACACACACACUCCUUCCAUCCAUCAAAUUGAUGGGCACUUUGCUAGCAACCUAAUGAUUAACCCUGUUGACUUUGCAGCCCUGUGAUCUGAGAAGAGGAGGAGGAGAUCCUUUGGUGGCAGGCAGUGCGGGGAGGAAGUAGGUGUGGCAGUCAGAAACUGCUGAGCGGCAAGCAGGACGGUGCAGAAGACACAAACCAUGGACAGCUCCUGCUGAGCUGGAUCAACCUCCUUGCUCUUUUUGUUCUAACCCUGGGCUACGUUGGAGAAAAGGCUUGGGUGUGCGACUGCAGAGCUGUGGGACGUCUCCCUGUUCAGGGGGUGAGUAGGAACCUGCCUUGGCAUUCUCUUCACAGUGCAUAGCCAACUUCAUUCUUGCUUACAAAGUAGGAGACUCUGCGGCUUUCUCAGGGCUUUGCACACCAGGGCCUGAUACCUCCCCCCCCCACCCCCCGCUGGCUAGUUAAAUAGGAAAUCUACAUCCUUGAAACAUUGUUUGUUUUCUGGGCAGGCAUCCUCUCUGUGUUAUUACAAAAAGCAGCCCUCUCCCCUUCAGGGAGACAGCUUCUGUCUGUAGGAAAUCCCCCUGUAAAAUCUGCCUUGUUCCUGAUUUGGAGAGGAAACGUGCCGAAAAACUUAUUCUAAUCCCCACCCUUUACCCAAUCUCCAAUGCUUCUUGGGAGGCAAUGCCAAGACAAAGACAUUUUCUUCUUUGUUUGCGGACACGGAAGUUUCAAAGAAAAACAAAACAAGAGUUGGCAGAGUGAGAAAGGAGGUGGGUGGGGACACACAGGGCAGCUCUUAGAAAUGGACUGUGUUUCAUUUACCCCAAAGAGGGGGUUUGAGGUUCAAGCUUGCCUGAAACUCUGCUCUUUAAUUUUUAUUGCAUAGGUACAGGCCGCCGUUGCAUGGGGGGCAUGGUAAAAGCACUCUGCAUGUUCCCAGAGACACAUUUUAUGUGGGACGCGGGUGCCGCUGUGGGUUAAACCACAGAGCCUAGGACUUGCUGAUCAGAAGCUUGGCGGUUCAGAUCCCCACAAUGGGGUGAGCUCCCGUGGCUCGGUCCCUGCUCCUACCAACCUAGCAGUUUGAAAGCACGUCAAAGUGCAAGUAGAUAAAUAGGUACCGCUUUGGCGGAAAGGUAAACGGCGUUUCUGUGCGCUGCUCUGGUUAGCUAGAAGCGGCUUAGUCAUGCUGGCCACAUGACCCGGAAGCUGUAUGCCAGCUCCCUCGGCUAAUAAAGCGAGAUGAGCGCCGCAACCCCAGAGUCGGUCACGACUGGACCUAAUGGUCAGGGGUCCCUUUACCUUUACCUUUACAGGGUGCAGUUGCAUGGGGGGCAUGGUAAAAGCACUCUGCAUGUUCCCAGAGACACAUUAUUAUUUUUAUGGCUACUGGAUGAAGAUUAAUUUCUUAGGCAGAUGACUAAGAGUCCAGGAUGUUCAGGGGACUGGACAGGGUCCCCUGGCAGCUGGAGACCUCUUGGAGAAGGUGAUACCCCUGAACCUGAGGGGAGGGGGCAAAUAUGCAUGUGUUGCAGAUUGCAGAUUAGAAAGAGAGAGAACAAGAGAGAGCAUGCUGUGAUUUGGCUGAAGGCAUGUUGAGUUGCAGAGUCUCUCUCUUGGAAUCCGAUGUGGGUAGUGUAUCUUCCGCCUUCAAGACAUACCUACUCAUAAUGUUUGUCUCCACAUGUGUUCUGCUUGUAUACUUGUACAUGAGGCAAAUAUUACAAAAAUGCCAGAAAUCUCUAGCGCUCUCUCAUAACAUCCCCCCCCCAACCUUAAACUGAAGCAGCAAUAUCCCUGGAACUUUGCCUAUUGGAGAAUGUGCAAGACUUAUUCACAUACUCCUGGAAUCAGCUUUGGCACUGAAAACGGAUUCUGGGGCUGAGUGCUGGCAAACCUUAUACUCCAGCACUAGGUACUGCCAGCUGAACACAGAAAGUAGUGCUUUCCCACCUCUACUGUUGGAAGAAGGUGUGACCCAGUGAAGGGAGGGAAGAAAUCUGAAUUGUUUUUUAGGAGCCCUUUGCACUGGACUCAGGGUGUUUCCAGACCCUUGAUUUGGGUGAGAUCCAGUCAUAAACCAGCAAUAUCAGCUUGUAUAAUUAAAGCUAAUUUGGAGCUCUUGUGCAACAAACCCGCUGCCCUAGAAGGUUGGGCUUUUUGCAAUAAGGAAAGUGACAGUAAAACGCACAGAAAAGCAUUGCUUGACACAAUGUUGCCUAACCUCCCUGCAAACAGAUCAGAAUAAAUGCUCAGUAAAUAGCCAAGGUCCUCUGAUCUCCCUGUAAACAAAUCAGGAUGAAUGCUCAAUAAACAGGUUGUCUGGAAGGUAAGUCAGUUGCAGGGGGGGGGGGGAUUUUUGCAAGUACAGUGGUACCUCGGGUUAAGAACUUAAUUCGUUCUGGAGGUCUGUUCUUAACCUGAAACUGUUCUUAACCUGAGGUACCGCUUUAGCUAAUGGGGCCUCCCGCUGCUGCUGUGCCGCUGCCACGCAAUUUCUGUUCUCAUCCUGAAGCAAAGUUCUUAACUUGAGGUACUAUUUCUGGGUUAGCAGAGUCUGUAACCUGAAGCGUCUGUAACCUGAGGUACCACUGUAACUAAUUUUCACCUUUAGGUUCCACUGAAUGCAGUGGGAACAACAGUGGCUUCUCAUGUAGGCUUAAAAAGAUGAAGCAAAGCAUUCUACAGAUUCAGGGCCCAAUAACAGCAAUACUAUCUCCAAUUUGUAGGAAUGGGCAAAGAUGUCAAAUCCAGUUUUUCUUGAUUUCUCACUUUUCCAAUCCUAGGUUCCUUUCUCCACAUUUCCACAUCAGUUUGAAUUCUUUCUAAAGUCCUUAUGAAAAUUCAUCAGCAUUUUAGAGUGAGUUUCUCCUAGUGUGAUUUUUUUAUGCAACUUUGCACUAUAUGCACAUUUUUGCAAAAACAUUCCCCCCAAUGUAAUUCAUUGCUGUAUGUUCCUUUCUCUAAUAUAUGCACAGUUUACCCUGGUGUGUGCAUUUCUUGGCUGGAGAACUAGGCUGCAAAAUUUGGAGAAGUGCAAAUUUUGAAUUGUGGCUGUGUUUGAGUUCACAUAUUGCUUCAGUAAAUGCAAAUUAGGUAGGUUCACCUAUAGAUGCAAACUCAAUUAAAUUUCUUUCCCCAUCCCUGCCAAUUUGGCACAGUGGUGAUACUGUAUUUGUGAACGGAAACAAUCACGGGGGAAAGGUGAUACCAACCAUCUGGAGGCAAAUGACUUGUUAAAAUAGUAGCAGGGGUAAAUUCACCCACCAAUGAAUGAAUGUUUAUCUUUGUUGACUUCCCAUAAGCCACUCCAUUUCUUCGAGCAGGAAAUCCUUCUCCCCGCCCCCAUCCCAGUCCCUUGUCAAAUAUUUAGAUUCCCCUGGCACCCAUUGUCUGCAACCUGCUAAACAUGCACUUGGCUUCUGUGACUCUUGGAGAUCACUGUGACUGUGGGUUGCUAAGAGUGUGAGCAACCCUGGCCUGGCGGAGAUUGUCAGUGCGCCUUCCUGAAUUCCAACUCCCAUCAUUCCUGCCCAUGCUGGCUAGGGGUUGACAGGAGGUGAAGUCUAGCAAUACAGUGGUACCUCAGGUUAAGUACUUAAUUCGUUCUGGAGCUCCACACUUAACCUGAAACUGUUCUUAACCUGAAGCACCACUUUAGCUAAUGGGGCCUCCUGCUGCCGCCGCCGCGCGGCCGGAGCACGAUUUUUGUUCUCAUCCUGAAGCAAAGUUCUUAACCUGAAGCACUAUUUCUGGGUUAGCGGAGUCUGUAACCUGAAGCGUAUGUAACCUGAAGCGUAUGUAACCUGAGGUACCACUGUAUCUGGUACUCCAUCCUUGCUCUAGCUGCCUAAACAAACCCCACACCUUUCCCUUGGCUCUGACCUAACCUGGGGCUAGACAAAAGGCUUUUGCCACCUCCCCGUUCCAGACCACUCUAAAUCUCACGCUUGAAGACAGGGAAAUGAGCACAGGAGGAAGAGCUGAGGGGCUCCACCGCCUCCCAGAAUAUGCCAUCCGUGGCGCUCUCAUCAUUCUGCCUAAUGGUAGGAUUGGCCCGGGGCCCAGGCAGUAGACAUUUGACACAAACUUGGCUAGGAGCUGAAGAGAUCAUAGUUCAGUGGUACAGCAUGUGCUGUGCAUGCAGGAGGUCCUCAUGCCACCUCCCAUUAAGGGAUCUCAUAUGGUAGGACUGGGAAAAGUGUGGGAGGCACCGUAGCACACGGUCCGAAGUACAAGGGGUGGGGAAAGGUUACCAUCUGGAAAACCUAGAGUACAGUCAUGAGUCAGAGUAAACCAGGGAUGGGGAACCUGUGGUCUUCCAGCUGUUGUUGGACUCCAGGACCCAUCAGCCCUCAGCCAGAGUGGCUAAAGGUCAGGGAUGGUGGGAGUUGGGAGUCCAGCAACAUGGAGGGCUGCAAGUCUUCCACCUCUCAAGUAGACCCCACUGAACUAGACGGAGGCAACGAUCUGACUUGAUAUAAUGCAGGGACGUCCAACUCCCAAUAGACUGUGAUCUACUCACAGUAGAAGAAAGCUGGCAGUGAUCUGUUGACCUUUUUUUAAGAAGCUAAACUUGUUGAGCUUUUUUUAGGAAGCCAGGGUGCUUUUUAUUUUAUUUUAUAAAGGCUAUAAGCCACAGUUGUUUUGAAGGAGAUUACUGCUGAGGGGCCAGAGAUCUACUAGGAACUACCAGGAACACCCCCGUGAUCUACCUGUUGGACAUGCCUGGUAUAAUGCAACUUCAUAUGUAGUAUGCCUGAUUCAGCCCGCUUCCUGGGUUUCAUGGAGGAAGGUGAGGGUUCUGCAUGUGUUCCGUUGCUCUGUCCCAGCUUCUGCCAACCUAGCAGUUCGAAAGCACACCAGUGCAAGUAGAUAAAUAGGUUGCAGGAAGGAAAACGGCGUUUCCAUGCGCUCUGACUUCCGUCAGGGUGUCCCGUUGCCCCAUUGUGCCAGAAGCGGUUUAGUCAUGCUGGCCACAUGACCCAGAACGCUGUCUGUGGACAAAUGUCGGCUCCCUUGGCCUGAAGCGAGAUGAGUGCCACACCUCAUAGUCAUCUUUGACUGGACUUAAUGGUUCAGGGGUCAUUUACCUUUUUUACCUUUACCUCUGCAUGUGUACUGUGGCGUGCCUGUAAAGUUGCACCAGCUAAUGCCUUGUAUUAAUAAUAAUAAUAAUAAUAAUUACUACUAUUACUACUAUUAUUUUAAUUUGUAUACCACCCUUCAUCUGAAGAUCACAGGGUGACUCACAACAUACAAACACAAAAUGAAACCACAAAAUACAUAAUAAAACAAAACAAAACAAAAACUUCCCCUCCCACAGACACAUUUAAAAGGCAAUAGGAUGUUAAUCAGUCAAAUGCCUGGUUGAAGAGAACUGUUUUCACCUGGCACCUAAAUAUAUGUGAUGAAGGUGCCAAGCUAACCUACUUGGGGCGAGUGCAUUCCACAAACGAGGAGCCACCACAGAAAGGGCCCGUACCCAUGUUGCCACCCUCCGGACCUAUUGUGGGGGAGGCACCCAAAGAAGGGCCUCAGGUUGUGGUCACAGGGUCCGGGUUGGUUCAUAAGUAUCUUCAACUUUUAAAGGUUUGGUGCAGUUCAGCUGUGAGAGGAGGCAGAUAGCAGUAGCAUGGCUAUUUCUUGCAGCAUCUGGAGAACAGCAGCCAGUGAGAGCAGGAAAGAGUGUGAAGAGGAAAGAAUGUUGCCACAGCUGUAGCUUGUUUCCAAGGAGAAAAGCCUAUUUAUUUAGGUGCCGCCAUUGGUGGUUGGUUGCUGCUGGCAGGCCAGCCUUAGUGGGGCAACCCCACAGGAGUGACCGAGGGUGUGACAAAGGCAAGGGGUAUCCUCUAGGGGCUAUUGGCUGCUGAUGGGCUUGCUCCUAGGUGAGAGAUUGGUGGGGAUGUAGUUAACCUGCCUUGCAAGUGCAAUGCUGGGGAGCUCUGUCUGUGAUGGUGAUGAGAGCAUAGAAGCAGCUCAUCAAGGCAAAAACAGUGUAUUUUGUGAUUUGCCGAUCAGAAGGUUGGUGGUUUGAAUCUCCACGACGGGGUGAGCUCCCGUUGCUCAGUCCCAGCACCUGCCAACCUAGCAGUUCUAAAGCACGUCAAAGUGCAAGUAGAUAAAUAGGUACUGCUCUGGUGGGAAGGUAUAUGGCGUUUCCGUGCGCUGCUCUGGUUCGCCAGAAGCAGCUUAGUCAUGCUGGCCACAUGACCCGGAAGCUGUACACCGGCUCCCUCGGCCAGUAAAGCGAGAUGAGCGCUGCAACCCCAGAGUUGGCCACAACUGGACCUAAUGGUCAGGGGUCCCUUUACCUUUAUUGUUUAACUUCCCGUUUAUUUAUUGCAUUUUUAUUGUGUCUUUCUGUUGUGUUCGUAUUUCCUGCUUUGGGGGGUCCUUUGAGCCAGAUAAAUCGUAGCAUAACAUAACUUGCAAAGGUGCAAGCAUUUCUGUUGCAAAUUGGGUACAGAUGGCUACCUUAUCACCCAAGUCGUCAUUUGUAUCCUCUUUUGAACCAACCUUAAUACAGUAUACCAACAGAGUGAACAUAAAACUACUCGCUUCAGAUAUGAACUUUAUUCAAGCAGGACUGAUAAGGAUAUUGAGAUUUUAUGGUGGUGGUGCAGAGUCCAUGGGCAGCCUUAUAAAUCAAAGGUGAAGGUUGGGUGUUUUAUAAAGUGCAAUAAAUGUUGGUGGUGUUUAAUUUUAUUUUUUAAAAAGAAGCUGAUGUUCUACUGAUCUCCUGAUCUUAAUGACGGGGGGGGGGGGCUUUAACAAGAGGGAACUAUUAUAUACAGAUGCAAGAUUUGGUGCAAAUCCAAAUAGAGUUAGUGUAACCAAGAUAAUGGUGCUUCAGAGCAAUUACUAAUUUAUUAGGCACAUUUAAAUACUAUGCCCCAUUCUCAGAGGGAAAGCACUGUAGUGUAGAAGUUACUAGAGUAGAGGUUCAUGGAUCGUGCAUGGGCAAAGUUUGCUGCCCUUAUUGCCUGUGGCUUCACACUGAAUGUACAUAGCACGAACACACCUAUGCAGUUUUCAUGUGUGAUGAUCAGCAGGUGGGUUGCACGCUACAUCUUGCACAGAGCUGCUUUCCACCUAGGGGUUUUGUGAAGUGGUACCCUGUGUCAUUUACACACAGUUUGUCUCUCAGUGCCCUUGUGCCAUUCUUGACUCAUGCAUUUUCCAUUAUGCGCAUGCUUCCUUCUGCUGAGGUUGAUGGAAGGGGGCAGAGAUCAGCAGCUGAGCACGGGCUUUUCAUGCUGAAAGUCCCAGGUUCAGUCCCUGAAAUCUCCAGCUAAAUGGAUCUCAGGCUGGGAAAGAUCCCUGCUUGAGCUACUCCAGAGCACUUUUUAGUUGUAAACUGGGCUUCAUGGGAGAUCAACGGUCUGAUUCAGGGCUUGUCCACACUUGCACUUGACUCAUGCUUAGAAAGCAUGGGUCCAAGCGGUUUUCUGCUUGACCCGCACUUUCUAGGCACAGGUUCAAGCCAUUUCCCCCUUGGCCCACUCUUUCCCCAGGGAAAACAAGUUCUUUAGGUCAGAACAAACAUACAUACCGUAUUUUUCCGUGUAUAAGACUAGGGUUUUUUUUAACCAAAAAAUUAAGUUUAAAAUUGGGACUCUUCUUAUACACAGGUCGUGCUGAGGGGUGUUUUCUUAAUUUGGAGUCCCCCCAAAUAGGGGGCAUCUUAUACAUGGGGGCGUCUUGUACACCGAAAAAUAUGGUGUGUGUAUACACACACAUACCCACUGUACUUUGUACAGCUAAAUAAAUUAAUAAACCACUCCUUCUCAAUAGGCGUUCUUCUUCUCCCAUGCCACCUCUCAUAUCACAAAUUAAGCUCUGUGAGUAAAAAAAGAAAAGAAAAACAGAGUAAUACUGCAUGUACUUUUUGAUACUAACAUUCAAGAUAUAUCAGAUGGGUUCAGAGGAGGACAACCAAGCGCAGUAAUUGUUUGGAAUGCAAAAGCCGCUGGAAAAUUCAGAAGGGACAGAUAGUGUUCCACCAUCUGGGAAAGGAGUUAACUUUUCCAAUAGUGUAGGCUGCUGCAGUCUGAAGCACAACCACUAAUUGUUUUCUGUCAACACUGAGGGCAAAGCAAAGAUGGGCUUAAAUUAAAGGAAGACAAGAUUUCCUACCCAUAAGAAUACCUGGGAAUUGGGACAAGUUGCCGGAGGAAGUUCUGGUUUUCACCCUUAGAUGAUAUGUUAUAAAUAGGCUGAAUGAAACAGCUAACAGGAUACUUGGGGGCAAACAACAUGAGCAGCACACACUGACACAAAUUUGUGAGGAAAGUAGUUCUCUUCUUAUCCAAGGUAACCCUUGUGAAGUGGAAAUACAAAUGUCAAGAUAGAUUUUUGUGGAACUUCUUACAAAUGCGACAUUGUUUCAGUGUAUUUGAGUCCCUCAUUACCAAAAGAAUAGUUUAAAAAUUAAUACAGUGGUACCUCUGGUUACAGACGCUUCAGGUUACAGACUCCGCUAACCCAGAAAUAGUACCUCAGGUUGAGAACUUUGCUUCAGGAUGAGAAAAGAAAUCCUGCUCCGGCGGUAGCGGGAGGCCCCAUUAGCUAAAGUGGUACCUCAGGUUAAGAACAGUUUCAGGUUAAGAACAGACCUCCAGAACGAAUUAAGUACAGUGGUGCCCCGCAAGACGAAUGCCUUGCAAGACGGAAAAACCGCUAGACGAAAGGGUUUUCCGUUUUGGAGUUGCUUCGCAGGACGAAUUCCCCUAUGGGCUUGCUUCGCAAGACGAAAAUGUCUUGCGAGUCUUGAGAUUUUUUUUCACUUUCCCCCCCCUUUAUCUAAGCUGCUAAGCCUUUAAUAGCCUUUUAGCAGCUAAUCCGCUAAGCCUUUAAGCCUUUAAUAGCCGCUAAACCGCUAAUAGCGCUAAUCCGUUAAGCCGCUAAUAGGGUUGCUUCGCAAGACGAAAAAACCGCUAGACGAAGACACUCGUGGAACGGAUUAAUUUCGUCUUGCGAGGCACCACUGUACUUAACCCGAGGAACCACUGUACUUGUUAUCAAGUGGGAUCUGCAACAAAAUGUUGCAGCACUGUUUAGUGUUCCAUCUUCUCCAGGAUACUCCAUUCCAUCACCCAGUGUCCCUCUUACCCACUCCCCAAACAUUUAGCAAUUUGUGACCAAUGAGGACAUUUGGGCUGUGCACACAUUCCCGUUGACUCUGCAUCUGGUGUGUUCCCACCGCUGGUUUGAGAAAUGGGGUCCACACACAUCACAGACCGCAACCCACACCUGCUCUGUCACUUUUUAUGAAGUUCUAUGUUCUGACGUCUUUUCUUCCAAACCAGCUUCAAUCAGAAUUGGAAACCACCACCCCACCAACCCCAACAACAUCUGGAGCUGGAGAGCACCACAUUCGCCGCUCCUGCAUGGUUGUUAUGUAUAUUAUUUUCCUCCAAACACAGCAGGGCUGGGGAAGCUCUAUCCCUCCAGAUGUUAUUGGACUCCCAUUAGCCCCAGCCAGCACGGCCAGUGGUCAGGCAUGAUGGGAACUGUAGUGCAACGACAUCUGAAGGGCCAAACGUUCCCUAGCCUUGGGUUGGUGUAUUUUACUUACACAAGGGAGGCCUGGGUUUGAAUCCCUGUGGUCUUACAAGAAACAAUGGGUAAUGUAAUGAGUAUGAGUUACUCGUGCGUAAACGGGUGCCUCUCUAGGCUAAUUUGCCUUGUUAAACCUUUCUGACUGCACAGCCCUUUCUCAUCGUGACUGCCUCAGUCGCUGGCAGAAUCCGUCAGUGGGCGUCUCUUGAACCUCUUCCAACAUAAAAGUUGUUUGACACCCAGUCUCCUCCUCCUCUCACUGCGCGGGAGUCUUCUGCGCAGGGAGGGCGUGGGUAGCGGAGGACCUGUCCCCUCCUCACUGAGUUCCAGUGAAGAGUCCUGGAGCCCUCUCUCCGAUUGCCCCAGCUGCCCCCGGGGAUCCCUGGUGUUGCGCUGAUUUGCUUCCCCCUCUACUGAGCUGUUUCUCCCCCUGCUGCUGGGUCCUUCGCCAGCAUCAUCUAGGAGCCUCCCCUUCGCCUCUCGCUCCAAUGUCAGUUCCCUGACAGGUAAUAGCCAACAUUUGCCAUACUCAGAGUAUAGACAUUGAAAUCAAUGGGAUCUGUGAGUGUUGGCUACCAUCCCAUAUUAUUACUUGUGUGUCUUGGGGAAGUUCUCGUGGGAAAGGGGGAUAUAAAUCUGGUAAACAAAACAAAUCUUAUUGGAAGUAUAAACCCCUUCAUCCGACCGCCCUUGAUACAUAGCUAAUAUCUAAAUCGGACGCUGUUGCACUUGGGUCUGGCCUUGGAGCUUCUGAUGGCCAUGUGGUUGGUCACUGUGAGAACAGGAUGCUGGACUAUAUGGGCUUUUGGCCUGAUCCGGCGGGUCUCCUCACAUGAGGACUUCAGAUAAACCCCCAGUUUCUCCCUAGUGUGAGCUUACAGUUUCUCUAGUCAGUAGCCACAUAGUUAACAUUGGUGUCCUCCCAUGUGGCAGCCAUAAGAAACCAUGGCAGCCCACAAUAAACAAGAAAAGCAGAAGAGAGACCCUUAAGACAACAAACUAGACUAACCAUUGCACCACAAUGACUGUUAAGGCGAGAAUCAAGUACACCUGGACAACCCAAGAGCUCUGGCUCUCAAUGCAUCUAUCCCAGCUUCUGUUCCGAGUUUGGCUCCCCGUAAAUGGACUGAAUACUAACCACUGGCCAUAUGCCUCUGUUUAUUUACCCGCCUACGUUAGGAUGAGAUGCUAUCGCAGUUGGGCCUUCUGCUCUCACCUGGGAGAUACAAAGGAGAAAGUACAGCAUCCAGGCUGUUCAACUCCUUCCCGGCCAUAAAGUUCUUUUAUAGUCAGGCUAACGAUCGUGCCGCUCACAGGAACUCCUCGAUUAGUGCUGCUGAUGCAGCUUCAUUGAAUUUUCUUGCUGAGUCUACUCUGGGGGUAAACAGCAAUUUAGUAACUCAGACAACAACAGAAUGCUUUGCUAAGGGAUUGUUGGCCAGUGCCAGGAAAGAGUCUUCGCUGGCUUCCCAGCUUCACCCUCAGCCAGAAGCAUGACUAGCAGACGCACAGCACUGCUAAGACUUUAUGUGUGGCUCUGCAAUCCAAAUGCUCCAAGUGUCCUUUUUCCCCCAGGGACAGUCCUGGAUUUACAGAAGGCACCCCAGUUUCUGAUUUGAUCCUAAAAAUAUCCCACUUUUCCUUAGGAUGUCCCUAUUUUCGCUGAAUAAACAUUGCAGGGUAUGGAGUUAUCUAAGGGACGCAGGUGGCGCUGUGGGUUAAACCACAGAGCCUAGGGCUUGCCGAUCAGAAGGUUGGUGGUUCGAAUCCCCACGAUGGGGUGAGCUCCCGUUGCUCGGUCCCUGCUCCUGCCAACCUAGCAGUUCAAAAGCAUGUCAAACUGCAGGCAGAUAAAUAGGUACCGCUCCAGCGGGAAGGUAAACGGCAUUUCCAUGCACUGCUCUGGUUCACCAAAAGCAGUUUAGUCAUGCUGGCCACAUGUAUGUAUGCCAGCUCCCUCGGCCAAUAAAGCAAGAUGAGCACCGCAACCCCAGAGUCGGUCACGACUGGACCUAAUGGUCAGGGGUCCCUUUACCUUUACGGAGUUUUCUGACCCCCGAGCUGCCUGAAGGCAACCCAGUAUAUGGAAUUUUCUUUUUUUGAACGUUUAAUGUUUUAUUAUGUUUUUAUAUAUGUUGGAAGCCACCCAGAAUGGCUGGAGCAACCCCGUCAGAUGGGUGGUGUCUAAAUAGUAAAAUUAUUUUUAUGGAAUGGGACGUCCCUAUUUUCAUUGGAGAAAUGUUGGAGGCUAUGCAAUCCAAUUUGGGGUUGUUGGCUUUUUGUUAAUACAAUGCAACCACUGAGAUUGUAGGUUUAAGUGGAAGACUGGGACAGGAAGAGAGAGACUCUUUAACCCUAUUCCCAGGCACCAUUUUCACGUUGAAAAUCUCCCCCUUCUUUUUCUCCUUCUCAUCACACACAUACAUGUACCAUUUCCAGACUUUUGCAAUCUUCAGGUGAGAUUCAAUUCCAUAACAGCAAAUUCAGGUUGUACAAUUAAAGUUGAGUUGGGGGGGUGGAGAAAGAAAGAAAGAAAGAAAGAAAGAAAGAAAGAAAGAAAGAAAGAAAGAAAGAAGCAGCAAGUUUUGAACCAGGGGUUUUCUGAAUCAUAGCUCAGAAUCAUAGCUCCUAAGCUACGCCAUCUCUUAUAAGUCCCUGCAUCUCAGGUGAACUUAUCUCUAAGGUAAAACUGCACCUUGGAGCCCCAUAAAAGAAGGGCAGCAGGACACAAAGACAUGCCUGCAUUUAAAGCCCAUUUAAAGCUCAUUAUUCCCCCUAAAGAUUCUUGGGAACUGUGGUUUACUCCUCACAAAGCUACAAUUCCUUAACACGGUCUGCCCUUUGCUGCUAGCUUGCAUGACUUUUUAAAAAGAUUAGACAAAUCCAUGGACAUUUGCACCAGCGCCGAGGCAGCGGUGGUGCAAAGUUUGGGUUCUGAAACAAGUCACAUUUGUGCAGCUUGCUCUUAGCCAUGUUUACUUAGAAGUCCCACUGGUUUUUAAUGGGACUUACUUUCGAGUAAAUGAAGCAUAGGAUUGCCAACUUAACUGCAGUCGUGAGUUUGGCUUGCGGGGAGGGAAGUACUCUCUUCUAGGUUAGACUUUGGAACUAGCCAUGAAGAGGUUAAUACCACUGGGAAGAACCACCCCAGGCUUGCAAGGACACCAGUGACUCAGAGCAGGAAGUUGGGCCGCCAACAGCUGUCAGCUGGCCUAGGAAUCAAUGGCACCCGGCAGGAUGGAAGGGUGGGGGUGGGGGUGGUCGGGAAGGCACUCAGCAUCUCCUCACAAAGCACUUAUGAGCUGGCAACCUUUUAGCCUUCCCUGCAUGUGCUUCCCUUAUUGUUGCUGCUUCCCUUCAUUAUGGAGCAGCACAGACUGGAUAUUCAGAGUCAUGCUUUGUUUUUGUGUUUAAUUGAAGUAACACAGAGGCUACAUUCACAGCUUUCAUUCUGAACCCCGUGAUACCACUUUAAGCAAUCAUGGCUACUCCCUCCCCGCAAAAGGGAGCUGUGUUCCUCUCCCAGAGCUGCAAUUCCCUGAGUAGUUUGACAGCCAAUGCCUCUUCUCAUGGAACUCUGGGAAUUGUAGCACUGUGGUGCUGCGUCCUGCCACAUGUGCAUUCACUGAAUAAGGGAAAUAGAGAGCCUGGACCCCUGACUAUUUAUUGCUUUGUUGCAAACGGAGAAGCUUAAGUAGAAGUAAAGGGGCACUCAUGUAAAACAGCUGGUCUUUUAGUCUAUGGGUGGAUCUACACAUAGGGGAAAAACGCUAUAAAUAAGUCAGAAAUGUGAUAGUUAUAACGAAAGAAAAAUAUAUAUAUGGAAAAUUUUGUUUUAAAAUUUUUUGCUCUCUGGCGCCAUCUGGUGUUGCAUGUUUAUAGCACAUUCAAAUAGCUGUGUCUUUGUUUAUGUAGCUGAGUCCUAUAUCAGACCUACCAAAAAAAAAAGAGGGUGCUUUCAGACUGUCACUGUUUUUUUGGGUGGAAGAAAGUGAUGGAAAGUGUGGGGCAGCACUUUCUUCAAAGCAAUGCUGUCUAACCUCCCUGUACUCCCUGUAAACAAUCCAAUGUCGCAUAAUCUCCCUGCAAACAGAUCAGGGGGUUAGACUAGGUGACCCUUGGGUCCCUUCCAACUCUAAGAUUCUAUGAUUCUAGGUUGAAUGCUCAAUAAGCAAGACGCCUGGAAGCAGUAAGAAAGAGAGAAAGAUACUCUGUCCAGGCCUUGCCAUUCCUCAUCUUCACCCAACCAAUAGGACUCUAUUUCCCUGCUUAUGCCAGCUGCCAAAAGCUGCUGUUUCUCAAAUACAAUCUGCCAAACAGACACUGGUCUUGAAUCUCAACUCUGGGAGUGAGUGGCCCAUUCUGGAAAUGAACAUACAUAGCCAUUAAAGAACAUUUUAGCUGUUCUCUUGUGUCAAAUCCCAUCUGGAGCCACUUCUCGUAAAACCGUCGUAAUAGACCGACUCACACUAAUCAGGCAGUAAUCUCACUACAUCGUAACAGGGAGGGUGCUUUCAGUUCAUCUGAAACAAGAUAAUGGAACAUAAAAACAGAAGCAGGGUCUUUGAGAUAUUUACUUAAACUGUAGCACACAUUGUGGAUUUCACCUCUGUUUAUUUUCUCAAUAAUUAGAUAUUUCCCCCCCAAAAUAUCUAAGAGCAACUGUGACUGACCUGCGGCUUUCUAGAUGUUGUCGGACUCCAACUCGCAUCAACCGCCAUCUAGCAUAGAUCAUAGAAUCAUAGUUGGAAGAGACCCCAAGGAUCAUAAAGUCCAACUCCCUGCAAUGCAGAUGGUCUUAUGUACACAGUUUCUCUUGAAAGCAACACACACACACACACACACACACACACACACACGUGUCUCUUGCAUAAUACAGUAGACCCUCUGCAUACGAACUUAAUUUGUCCAGGGGGUCCGUACUUACCCCGAAAAGUCUGUAUCUGGAGGCGCCACUUCUGCGCAUGCACACGGCACGAUAGAGCGCUUCUGCGCAUGCGCGUGCGGCAAAACCCGGAGGUAUACAUUAAAGUAUACAUUACCCGAAGGUAAUGUAACCCGAGGUACCACUGUACCCAUCUACAGCAAGGGCAAGGAAUCCAGAGUCCUCCAGAUGUUGUCGGAAUCCAGAUUCCAUCAGCCCCAGUCAGCAAGGCCAAGGAUGGUGAGCUAUGCUGUAGUGCAAUAACAUCUGGAGGUUUGCAGACUCACCAACCCUGCUGCAUUGUCACUGGCUUUGUAUGAGCCAAGAGUCUGUGGCAGCUUUUCACAUGUCACUAAGGAGAGGUCUUUCCGGUUCUGUGGCAGCAUUAUCCGGAUCUCACCUAGCUGUUCCAUUGCCUUGCAGGUGGGCAUUCGUGUCUGGAAUUCCUGUCUCUCCCACAGCCAUGGAGGCCGAUACUGCAAUUGACACCAGUAGGGUAGGAGAUCUGGUGCUUCUGGACCCAUUGACAGAAGAUACGUUAAUCCAGAAUCUGGAGAAGCGCUUCCAACAUAAGGAAAUCUAUGUAAGAGCGGCAGCGAUUGGGGGUGGUGGUAACUGAACUGGGUGGCAGCCUUUCUAACUGGGGUGGAAGGAUCUGUCAAUUUUGGUGCUCUCCGUUUCUCAUUUUUCAAAUCUUAAUUACAUUUCUAUGCACUUUGCAGCAAUUUAUGGUUCUCCCCCCUCCCUUUUAUUAUUUUUUUUAAUAAGAUAUUUAUUAAAGUUUUCAAAAUAUUACAAAGUAAAAAUAGAAAAAAGAAAAAUACAAAAUAAAAUUAGUUAAAAACAAGUCAAUCUUUCCAUUACUUAUUUUUCAUUAGCUUGUUUCCCGGACCUCCUCACGCCUCCCUUUUUUGUAUUCCAGUUCAGUUUGUUGGUUCAGCAAAUCCUUCCCCUCUUUGUUUAUCCUAAUCUUUAAUCUUAAAGUAUUGUAACAUUAAAUUUUUACCUGUUAGUAAUCCAUUUUUCAUAUUCCCUUAUAAUAUUUCAGCUAAAAACCAUUUAAUUUCUAUCCAACAUCAUUCUAACAUUCAUUAAUUUUACAAUAUUUCUGUAAAUAGUCUUUAAAUUUCUUCCAAUCUUCUUCCACCGACUCUUCUCCCUGGUCUCGGAUUCUGCCAGUCAUUUCCGCCAGUUCCAUAUAGUCAAUCACCUUCAUCUGCCAUUCUUCCAGAGUGGGUAGAUCUUGUGUCUUCCAAUACUUUGCAAUGAGUAUUCUUGCUGCUGUUGUGGCAUACAUAAAAAAAGUUCUAUCCUUCUUUGGCACCAGUUGGCCGACUAUGCCCAGGAGAAAGGCCUCUGGUUUCUUCAAGAAGGUAUAUUUAAAUACUUUUUCAAUUCAUUGUAGAUCAUCUCCCAGAAAGCCUUAAUCCUUGGGCAUGUCCACCAAAGGUGGAAGAAUGUACCUUCAGUUUCUUUACAUUUCCAACAUUUGUUAUCGGGCAAAUGGUAGAUUUUUGCAAGCUUGACUGGAGUCAUGUACCAUUUUCAUAAUAUUCUCUCUUAAUGCAUUACAUGCCGUAAACUUCAUACCUGUGGUCCAUAACUGUUCCCAAUCAGCCAUCAUUAUGUUAUGUCCAACAUCUUGUGCCCAUUUAAUCAUAGCAGAUUUCACCGUUUCAUCCUGAGUAUUCCAUUUCAACAGCAAGUUAUACAUCUUUGAUAAAGUCUUAGUUUUGGGUUCUAACAGUUCGGUUUCUAAUUUUGAUUUUUCCACCUGGAAGCCAAUUUUCUCUCCCCCCCCUUUUAAUCCUCAUGAAAAUUCAUUUGGACUCCGAACAUUUCUCCGAACUCAUUUUUAUAUGCAGUUUCACCAAACAUAUACACAUUUUUGCAAGCAAAUUCCCCUAAUAUAAUGCGUUUUUUGUAAACAUGGUUUCGUUGGAGAACUGCAACGCAAAAUUUGGAUACGUGUGAAUUUGAAAGGAUGGCUGUAUUUCAGUUCUCGUAUUGCUUUGGAAAAUGAAAAUUUGACAUAUUAGGCAUUAUAUACAUACUGGUUUUGUCCUCCAUCCCUAUUUUUAACUUCAGAAUGGGAAACAUGAGGCACUGUGCAGUAUGACAUGCACAGUCCAAUCGUAUGCAUAUUUUCUCCCGUCAGCUCCCUAGAGAACAUGUAUAGCUUUGCAGCCUAGGUGUAUUUUUGUAUAGAGAAAUAGGCAACAACCAUUGCAGCUCCUGUCCAGAGACACAGCUGACUGGCUGUGCAGGACGAAGCAUGCCAACUUUCCAACAGGCUUCUGUAGCUGUGCCUUUCACAGUGAGUGACGAUGCACAUACAUUAUCAAGUUUGUGCCGUGAAAAGCUUCUCCUGUAGAUUCCUGAAAAAGAAGCUGGGGUUUAAAGGCACAGCAGCAAUACAGACCAAAGCAGCGUUUCCUCCCCUGAUCAUUUGGCAAUCCUCAUCCCAGGGGAUGGAGAAAGAGAGGUGGCGCUGUGGUAACAGAAGCAGGGGCCGAGGGAAAACAAGCUGGAGGAAAGUCAGCUGAGGGGUCAGCAGGAACUGACUCAUUCAUUUACUCAGCUUCAGCCCAUUGAGGAUUUGAACACUGGUUUCUCAGGUCCUAGUCUAUUAUGCUAACCACUACACCAUACUGUCUCUGGUUAAUUCAAUACCUGAGUUAUGGGGAGGCAGAAAAGGCCCUGACCUCCUUACCUUUUUGUACUGGCCAGCUUAGCUACUUUUUUCAGAAGUGACAAGGGAGCAUGAUGUGUCUGAAGCUGGGAGAGGACUCAGGAGCUGGACUUGUGGGCAGUGGCGUAGCAUGGGGGGUGCAGGGGGGGCCGGCCGCACCGGGCGCAACAUCUGGGGGGCGCGCGCUCGCACUCGCAGCUCUCUGCCCCUACCUGGCUCACUCACUCUCUCUCACGGGUUAGGGGGCGCAAAUUACUUGCCUUGCCCUGGGUGCUGACAACCCACGCUACGCCACUGCUUGUGGGUGUUUAUUAAGGACACCCUACUCUUUCACCCCAAUUUUGAGCACUGAAAGCAUCUUGCUGUUCGUAAUAGCAACAUUCCUGCCUUGACAGACAUACAUCGGGAAUGUGGUGAUCUCCGUGAACCCGUACGAGCAGCUGCCCAUUUACACGGAAGAAAUAGUGGAGGAGUAUAAGAACUGUAACUUCUUUGCGGUAAAACCCCACAUGUAAGUGAGACCCCCAAGGGAGUUUGGGGUGUGUGUGUAUGUGACAGCUUUGAGGAAUGGGAUGCUGGUAGCAAGCCAGCCAGCCUGCCCUUCUAAUGUAAGGUUACCAGACGUCCCCGUUUCCUGGGGACAGUCCCUGGAUUUACAAAUCAGUCCCCAUACAAAAUCAAUUGAAGUUGAAACAUGUCCCUGGAUUCAUUGAAAAAAAUCUGGUAACCUUAUUCUAAUGCUUCUUCACUGUGCCUACAUAGCUAUGCCAUAGCAGAUGAUGCCUAUCGCUCACUGAGAGACCAGGACAAAGACCAAUGCAUUCUUAUCACUGGAGAGAGCGGGGCUGGCAAAACAGGUGAGUGAGAAAGGGUUAUUCAAGGGAGGGAGGAGAACAUCAUAAAACAGGGGUGGGAGACAUGUGUGAGCUUCUGGAUGUUGCUGAACUACAAUUCCCAUCAGCCCCCAGCGAGCAUGGCCAAUGGUUAGGGAUGAUGGGAGUUGUAGUCUAGCAACACAUGGCAGGCCUUAGCAGAGUGGUGGGUUUAUAUAGUAAUGUUGGCGUGUUUCUGUUUGGCUGCAUCUACGCAGCUAUAAAAAACACCCUGGGGAAAAACCCGUCUUAAAGCUCACAAUGGAAAAUUUCAUAAGUUCCGAUUUCAGCUCUACAGUGCCAUCUGGUGUCACAGUGUUAAAACACAUUCAUAACUACCGUAUUUUUCCUUGUAUAAGACGCCCCCCCAUAUAAGAAGCCCCCUAUUUUUAGGGACUCCAAUUUAAGAAAAUAGGGGGGAGAUUGCCCCAUGUAUAAGAUGACCCACAGACCCCAUAAUUUUAAAGUAAAAUGACCUAGUCUUAUACACGGAAAAAUACAGUACUUUUCCCCUAAUGUAGCUGAGUCCUAUGUAGUUUGUGGCCAGCCUUCCCCAAACUGAUGUCCAACUGAUCACUAGUCAUGCUGCCUGGGGCUGACUGAGGUUGGAGUCCAACAACAUCUGAAGGGCAACAGAGGAAGUGUGCACUAAAGAGACUGAUACGGCUUCAUAUCAUGUAACAUGCUACUGUCAGGGGAUGGCAGGAUGCUGAAGAGUGAGCACCAGGGGAAGUGGGGGCUGGAGUCUGACUUGGGAGAGGGGGCCAGUGGUCUGUGGGGACCUGUACCAGCCAAGAAGCAGGAAUCGGAGGCAGGGGAAGCUUCUGAGCUGGAGGAAGAGGCAGGCCAGGCAAGUGAAGGUCUGGGUGCUCCCCACCCUCUGCUGAACCACUGUCUCCCAGAACCAGGAGGGGACUGAAGAGGGAUGAGCAGAGGAAGUUUCCAUGCAGGUGCAGUCUCCAGCUGUGUGCACGCAGCCCAUCGGGGGAAGGUACAUAAACUGGUGGAGGGGGAAUGGUUCCCAGUUGCUGAAACUGCUCCAUAGGGCAUGGACAUUGGAACAGCUGCCUAGACACCAAGCGGGUGUGCAUAGUUCUUGAGAGCUGUAGAAGUGACUGUGAUAUCUUUGACAACAGUUAACUCUGUGCCAUGUGCAUUCUUUCACUGGGAAGUGCCCUUGACACUAUCCAAAAAUUACCACAGCCUGUGUUCCACGUGGUUCCCUCACCCCCCAGUCUCCUUGUUCACAUAGAGCAGUGUUUCCCCAUUUUGGGUCUCCUGCUGUUUUUGGACUACAAUUCCCAUCAUCACUGAACACUGGUCUUGCUAGUUAGGAAUGGUGGGAGUCGUAGUCCAAAAACAACUGGAGACCCAAGUUUGGGAAACAAUGACAUAGACAGAUAUAAAUAGGCUGUUCACAGCUGAAAAUGCCCUCCUGCCUUGCAUGAAAUCCGACUACGUGCUUAUGCAAACAAUUAUGCACACAUCUCCCAACAACAGUAUAAUCCAGAAGCAGGAACCUCUGGCCCUAAGGCUUAAUUAGGACUGCCAAUCCUCUCCAUUGGACCUGCAAAGCCACUUUGGGCAAACCAUAUCCACGUGCUAGUCAUCUAACAUUGAAUGAUACCUGCGGCAGGACACUUAAAGUCUAUGGGAUCUCUAAUCUAAACACUACAGUACUAAGAUCAGCACUGAGGUUGGUGGAAAUACUGCUUUUGACUCUUAAAGAAUGGAUCUCUUACCUCUAGUCUCAUUAAGCUCCCCACCUCAGUACUUCUCAUACAUGCCCCAGUCAUUGCUCCUUCCACUUUUCCUGUACCCUCAGAGGCCAGCAAGCUGAUGAUGUCAUACGUGGCAGCUGUAUGUGGGAAAGGGGAACAGGUGAAUCGUGUCAAGGAACAAUUACUUCAGUCGAACCCAGUACUGGAAGGUAUGUACAUGCUGAUUUCUUCUCUGUGAAUGGAAUAGAGAGGGCUGUGUUCUGGGACAGCAAAGUAUCAAGGCUCUUUUGCACUUUUGAUAAGGAUGCUAAUUGUACGCAGUUGUUGCUCAUUACUUGUGAGGGAUCCAGAUGUCCCCACUGAAGCCAAAGCUUCUGUUGUAUUUAUUUGCAUUUGUUGUAGUUGUGCAAAUGUUACAGCCACAUUUUGGACAGUGCCCGUGGCAUUAGUGAUACCAACUUGUCUUGGCCUUGAGCUUUUGAGAACCUUUGAGUUUUCACAAUCUGUAGUCUAGCAAGUCCUUGAAUUCUAUACUAUUCUGUACCUGUUUGGUCCACUCCUGCCAUGAUACGUUGCCUCUACAAUCUAGUCCAGAAGACCUCUUAACGUCAUGGAGGAGGAGGCGUUUGGAUUUGAUAUCCCGCUUUAUCACUACCCUAAGGAGUCUCAAAGUGGCUAACAUUCUCCUUUCCCUUCCUCCCCCACAACAAACACUCAGUGAGGUGAGUGGGGCUGAGAGACUUCAAAGAAGUGUGACUAGCCCAAGGUCACCCAGCAACUGCAUGUGGAGGAGCGGAGACGCGAACCCGGUUCACCAGAUUACAAGGCUCUGAACCACUACACCACACUGGCUCUCCACCACAUGGAGGGGUGGGCAACGCUUUCCUGGGUAAACGUGCAACCCUUUUAAUAACCCUCUUCAUCCCCUAUUGCAGCCUUUGGAAACGCCAAAACCAUUCGCAAUGACAACUCCUCACGAUUUGUAAGUAUUUGCUGAGGAAUGAAUGUUUCGGGAGAGUUUGUGUCACAGCAAGAAUUAAGUGGAGCCACUUGAGAGGGUGGGGUGGGAAGAGAGAGUAAGAAUUAUGGACUCAGAUCUGCAACUACAUCAAAGUUCUACAACUCAAAUAGUACGCCAAGAAAAGAUGAUUGACGUGACCUGCAUAAAUGGUGUUAAUCAAAUGUCCAGGUAAUAUUCGCCUGUUUCGCAUCAUUUGUUGUUAUUCUACUCUUCAUGGAAAUGAGAAAACGUUGUGCAGCCUUGCUUUCCGACUUGAAGAAAUCUUGCUUGAUGUGGUUGGUUGGGGGGUACAAAUGCAUCUGUCAGGGCAAGAAGACUGUUGUUUUUAAAAUGAGAAAUGCUGCUGUUUUGGAGGAGAGGCCAUAGUUUUGCUUGAGACAUUUGCACUGUGGGGGAGAGGGAAACCCCUGAAUGCCAUUUUCCUGAUCUAGAUCCCCACUGAAACUGCUCCUUGCUCCACUGGGGAAAGUAAACAUGUCUCGUGUAGUUUGACCGUUGCUAUCUGUCAAUUUUAAAUCACCAAGUCCCCAUAUCUGCACUGUAAAUUGGGCUACUCUGAAGCAAAAAUGAGUUAAAUAAUAGGAACUCAAGUCCCAAAGGUGGGUGGACUUAGUAUCACAUCCUUCAGGGGUUACAGGCAGCUCAUUUUGCUUCAACAGCUUUCCACAUUCCCUUCUUCUCCUUAGGGCAAAUACAUGGAUAUUGAGUUUGACUUCAAGGGCGAUCCUUUGGGUGGUGUCAUCAGCAAUUGUGAGUAUGAGAUACCAGACCCUGAUAAAGUUUGUCAGAAUUUAUGCAGCCUAGGACCCACGUACCUACGGGACCGCGUCUCCUGGUGUGCCCCGCGGAGGACCUUAAGGUCCACAAAUGACAACACUUUGGAGGUCCCAAGUCUCAAGGUGAUUAGAUUGGUCUCAACUAGGGCCAGGGCCUUUUCAGUACUGGCCCCGACUUGGUGGAACGCUCUGUCACAAGAGACUAGGGCCCUGCGGGACUUGAUAUCUUUCUGCAGGGCCUGCAAGACAGAGCUGUUCCUCCUGGCCUUUGGUUUGGACUCACUCUCCCCGUAUGUUUCCCUCCCUUUAUGGUUUUCAUCUAUGGGCUACUUUUAAAAUGAGGCUGCAUUUUAAAUUGCAUUUUAACCUGUAUUUUAAAUUGGGAUUCCCCCCCCAUUAUAUUUUUAUUGUAAUUUUACUGGUGUUAGCUGCCCUGAGCCUGGCUCUGGCCAGGGAGGGCGGGGUAUAAAUAAAAUUUAUUAUUGUUGUUAUUAUUAUUAUUAUUAUUAUUAUUAUUAUGCAGAAAUGGGAUUUCAUCCUCUUGGCCAGUUGCUGGAACCGGAGGCUGCAACUCCCACCACACCUGACAAUUGGCCAUACUGUCUGGGGCUGAUGGGUGGUGGAGUCCAACAACAUUGGAGAGCCGUAGGUUCCCCAACCUUAAGACUCACACCUACAUUCUAGUAUCUAGUCAACGUUAGGGUUGCCAUAUUGCAAAAAAGAGGACACAUUUGCCAACUUCUACUUUUUACUAUGGAUCACUAUGACAACUCUACCCAUGAAAAAGAGGACAUGUCCUGGGAAAAGAGGACAUAUGGCAACCCUAGAAUGUGUGCUCUCCAGAUGUUUUGGACCACAGUUCCCACCAGCUCUGGCAAUUGGCCAUGCUAGAUGGGGCUGAGGAGAGUUGGACAUCCCAUUGGCUUCCCUGUCCAGCAACAUCUUCAAGGCAGCAGGUUCUGUGCUUCUGUUUAUCCUCAGAGGCACACUGCCAGGCUACAACUUUUUUCAGGAGCCUAGGAAUAUCCAGAGAUGCUACAGAUUGUAGAUUGGCCUUGAUGGUGCCCGUCCAACACUUACCUCUUUCAUUUCCUCCUUCCAUUUAUUCUCAGACCUGCUAGAGAAAUCCCGGGUGGUUCAUCAUGUCAAGGGCGAGAGGAAUUUCCACAUCUUCUACCAGCUGUUGUCUGGAGGCUCUGACGAGCUGCUCAGUACGUCUUUCAUGCACAGGGCCCAUAGCUGUCAACCGUCCCUUAUUUGGCGGGAAAGUCCCUUAUCCCAGCGCCGUGUCCCGCUGCUGUCCCUUAUUGAUGAUGUCCCUUAACUUUCCCGGGUUUCAAAGGAAGCAGCUCUUCUUCCUCCCUCCCUGCCAGCCAGGGAGGAGGGAGGCUCCAACUGUGUUGCUUGGCUGUGUUGCUCACCCAAGAAGGAGUCGUUCUUAGACUGGGGGGGGGGCGGGUUGAGCUUGCAUGCCUUGUGCCGAUCAAAUCGGCUGUGUUGCCUGGGGACUCGCCUUUGCUCAGCACUUCCCAGCAGAGAGGUGACAGUAGUUUCCCUUGCUGCAUCCCCUUUGCCGGGUUGCUGCGCUGUGGGAACCACCGCUUGAGGCUUUGUUUGGCUGCUGGCUGGGCUUUCUGCCUUUGGCUCAGAGGGGCUCAGAAGUUGAACAUACCUGUGCUCUGAAAAUCCCUUAUUUUGGCUGCUGAUCCCUUAUUUUUGAGGCUGCUGGUCCCUUAUUUUCAAAUCUGUAAGUUGACAGCUAUGACGGGGCCUAAAGCACACAAUGGCCGAGUUAGAGGGCUGCAUUCUAGGCCAAGUGUGUGUGGCCCCAUUAGGGAAGAGAGCUCUGGCCAUUUACUUCUGAGUGGGGGUGGCUGAGUCUUGCAAGUGGGGGGACGCAUCAUAGCAUCAGAAUAUGGCCUCCCUUAACACAGGGGUGGGGGGCUUUGUGAAUAAAGGAGUGGUGAGAACCACAGACGCCACGACAAUGAUUCCUCCUCUUCAACAGGACAGCUGAAGCUGCAACGAGACUGCCGCCUUUAUGGUUACCUCAACAGAGAGGCCUCAAGCCUGCGCGGUAUGGAUGAUGCCGCCAAUUUCAGAGCUGUUCAGGUAUGAGUUGUGCUGUGUGUCAUAGUGGGGUCUGGGGUAUAAACUGUACUGGUCUGUGAGUGGCAGAAGAUGUAGUAGUGGUAGUAAUGGUGAUGAUAUUUGUCCUCAUGUAACCUAUAUGCAUGCAGCCAUGAACAGGAUGGAGUUUUCUGAAGACUUACAUACCCUCCAACAUUUCUCAGAUGAAAAUAGGGGUGUCCUGUUCCCAUCUGACUGGGUUGCCCCAGCCACUCUGGGCGGCUUUCAACAUACAGUGGUACCUCGGGUUACAUACGCUUCAGGUUACAUAUGCUUCAGGUUACAGACUCCGCUAACUCAGAAAUAGUACCUCGGGUUAAGAACUUUGCUUCAGGAUUAGAACAGAAAUCGUGCUCCGGUGGUGUGGUGGCAGCGGGAGGCCCCAAUAGCUAAAGUGGUGCUUCAGGUUAAGAACAGUUUCAGGUUAAGAAUGGACCUCCAGAACGAAUUAAGUUCUUAACCUGAGGUACCACUGUAUAAAAACAUAAUAAAAUAUUAAACAUUUUAAAAAAAACACACUUUCCCUACACAGGGCUGCCUUUAGGUGUCUUCUAAAGAUUGUAUAGUUACUUAUCUCCAUGGCUCGGGGGGUCGCAUAACUCCAUACCCUGCAAAAUUUCUCUGAUGAAAAUAGAAGAAGAAGAAGAGGAGGAGUUUGGAUUUGAUAUCCUGCUUUAUCACUACCCUAAGGAGUCUCAAAGCGGCUAACAAUCUCCUUUCCCUUCCUCCCCCACAACAAACACUCUGUGAGAUGAGUGGGGCUGAGAGACUUCAGAGAAGUGUGACUAGCCCAAGGUCAACCAGCAGCUGCAUGUGGAGAAGCGGGGAAUCGAUCCCAGUUCACCAGAUUACGAGUCUACCGCUCUUAACCACUACACCACACUGGCUCUCCAUAGGGUCGUCCUAUGGAAAAGUGGGACAUUCUGGGAUCAAAUCAGAAACCAGGAUGGCUUCUGUGCAUCUGGGACAGCCUUGGGAAAAUAGGGGCACUUGAAAGGUCUGGACUUAGGGCUCAUUCACACUUCCAUUUGCUCCAUCAUUAUUCCCCCAGGAAAACUUGCGUUUUAGCACUGAACAAAUGGCAAUUGGGGUUUCCACAUAUUGCCAUUUGUUCCAAUUCAGCGCUAAAGAGCAGGUUUUCUGGGGUAAAGCAACAGGGCAGAGGCAGAACUGCUCAGACCCUUGCCUGGAAAACAUAGGAUAGGACAACUGCUGGACCCAUGCUUUCUGGGCAUGGGAAUAAGCAGAAGUGUGGACUAGCUCUUAGGGGAACCCCAGGUUUAUAGAAGUACAAAUGAGAGACAUAGAGAACACCACAACAUGAAGUAUGAGCAGGGCCGGCUCAAGACAUUCUCUCACCUGAGGCAAACCACAAAAUGGUGUUCUCCCCUACCAGGGAAAUAGGGGUGAGAGAAGAUCUAAAUCAAGAAUAGGGAGGGGGGAUAAAGAUCGACAUUGGGAUUGGAUGCCCCUUGGGGAUCCUGCUGCCUGAGGCAGUCGCCUCACCUUGCCUCUUGGGUAUGAGCAUGUUCAGUAGCUAUGAAAUCCUCACUGACUGUUGGUGUAUGUGUGUAAAACUGGGGAGGGGAAAUGUGUGUGGGGGGAAAUGUGUGUAUGUGUGUGUGGGGGGUAUCCUGGAAAGGGGCAUGGGUGACUGGAACCCUGAGCAGAAGCACGCACGCCACAUAGCAGCAUUCUGUUGCAGGUCCCACUUGUAUAUUCCUGCGAAUCCACAGACCUGCCCUAUGGCAUAUUAUCCUUCUCUCUAGUUAAUCAGAGUGCUUUCAGAGACAGGGGCUUAAUGUUGCAAAUGGGUCGUUGAGAUAUUGCAAAUAGGAAGUUGGUGGCAGUUUUGUUGAAUUUCCCCCAGAAAGGGAAAACCAGGAUUAGAUUGGGGUAGAGAGUAUGGACUGGCAUUUUGAACCCAGGAAAGUCUUGUGGACAGAUAAGGAGCACUGAUAUCAUAUUAAACACCUGCCUGGGAGCACCCUUAGGUAAAGGUAAAGGGACCCCUGACCAUUAGGUCCAGUCGUGGCCGACUCUGGGGUUGUGGCGCUCAUCCCGCUUUAUUGGCUGAGGGAGCCGGCGUACAGCUUCCGGGUCAUGUGACCAGCAUGACUAAGCCACUUCUGGCGAACCAGAGCAGCGCACGGAAACGCCGUUUACCUUCCCACCAGAGUGGUACCUAUUUAUCUACUUGCACUUUGACGUGCUUUCGAACUGCUAGGUUGGCAGGAGCAGGGACCGAGCAGCGGGAGCUCACCUCGUCGCAGGGAUUCGAACCGCUGACCUUCUGAUUGGCAAGUCCUAGGCUCUAUGGUUUAACCCACAGCGCCAUUUACACAUCCAUUUUUGGCCCUGAAAGUAUAAUUGGGUUUUGCCUUGGAUCUCAACACGCUCAUGCACAGAAGGCUUUGUUGUGGCCCAUAGGGAGCUCACCUGAGGGCUUUCCUGUGUUUAACCCUGUUCCCUAAUGCUGCUUUUCUUGAAGGAUGCUAUGCGAGCCAUUGGCUUCUCCCCAUCAGAGAUCACAGCGGUGCUGGAGGUGGCUGCUGUCGUCCUCAAACUUGGCAACAUAAAGCUGGGGCAGCAAUUUCAGGCCAGUGGAGCAGAAGCUUGUGGAAUCGAGGAUGACAAAGGUCAGCAGGGCAGGAUGGGUCAUCUCCAGGAUUACCAUGCAGAGUUUGGCCCAGGGCUGAUUGCCCCAUAGUAGCUCACGAUUUUGAGAACCAGAUCUUUCCCCAGGUGUUAUGUGGGUGCUUGCAGCCUGUGUGCCAUUUGCUUAAUAGUCUCAGUUCCGUGGUGUGAUACACCCGGUGGCCAGGGUGCCAUAAUGGGUUUAGAAUUAAAAGGGUGUUCCUAAAUACAGUUGGAACAUCAACUGCCUUAUACGAUUUAGCAACAUUUAGUAAUCCAAUGGGACAUCACCACUUUGCGAGUUCCCUCCACAACCUACUGCAUGUGGCAGGAAUAAAAAUAAUAGCAGGCAAACAACCUUUUAGGGAAAAGUUGUCUGCUGUUACUGAUCUAACUGAGGUGAAGGAAGACUCUGAUUCCAAACCUCUGCUGCAUUGUGGGAUAUCUUUGGGAGAAGAAAAGGCUAAGGAGUAAACUCUACACCAAGCUUCCUCAAACUUGUCCCUCCAGAUGUUUUGAGACUACAAUUCCCAUCAUCCUUGACCACUGGUCCUGCUAGCUAGGGAUCAUGGGAGUUGUAGGCCAAAAACAUCUGGAGGGCCGAGUUUGAGGAAGGCUGCUCUACACAAAUCCAAAGUGAAGUCCCUAAGGUGGUUGGAUGGAGCCUUGUAUGCCUCCUUCUGACAACUCCUGCAUCCAAGCUGGUGCCAAACCGAUUGCUCUGCCUUCCUUCGGACGACAUCAGCGAGGCCAAGAGCAGGGUCUCAUCAUCUGGGCAGCUCAGGACUUCCAUACACGUUGCCCAGGCUUGUGCCCCAGAGAGGUCGCUUUGGUGCUGCUAACAAAUGCACAAAUUGGGGGAAAGUGUGCAUAAGAAAGCACAUAUUUGUGAAAACAGUUUUUUUCAAGAAUGUGUUAUUUUAGGGGAAAUUGCUCACCACAAAAAUUAUAGAAGGUUGUAGACAAAAUGCCUAUAUUAGGAUAAGGUAAAGGUAAAGGGACUCCUGACCAUUAGGUCCAGUCGUGACCGACUCUGGGGUUGCAGCGCUCAUCUCGCUUUAUUGGCCGAGGGAGCUGGCAUACAGCUUCCGGGUCAUGUGGCCAGCAUGACUAAGCCGCUUCUGGUGAACCAGAGCAGCGCACAGAAAUGCCAUUUACCUUCCUGCUGGAGCUUUACCUAUUUAUCUACUUGCACUUUGACAUGCUUUUGAACUGCGAGGUUGGCAGGAGCAGGGACCGAGCAACGGGAGCUCACCGUGUGGCAGGGAUUCAAACUGCCAAUCUUCUGAUCAGCAAGUCCUAGGCUCUGUGGUUCAACCCACAGUGCCACCUGCAUCCCUAUAUUAGGAUAAAUGUGCACUAAAAUGCUGGCAAUUUUUUUACAAGGACUGGGGGGAAAGUAAUCCAGACUGAUGUAGAAAUGUGGAGAACAAGACUGAGAACAGCUGAAAUGGGCAAGUUUGUCCAUCCCUGCCCACUAGAAUGAAUGGAACAGUAAUUGGUAGAAGACAGCCUGAGCUUGGGAAACUCCUGCCUCGAUCCCCGCUGAGCCUCCCUGCCUUGAUUUCUCUGCAUUGCAAUGUGUCUCCAGUACCAGGGUGAGGAACUCACUUCCCGCUUUGCUUUUGCAGUGGUCCGGGAGAUCUGUCAGCUCAUCCAGUUGAGUGAAACUGCCCUGGAGCAGGCUUUGUGCUCUCGCACAGUGGAAGCCCAUCAGGAGAAGGUGGUGACAACACUAACAGUUUCACAGGUGAGUGUGGAGCUGAGGUGCAUGCAGAUUUCCAUUAGGUCACUAGUUCCCGUGCAAAAAUGUUGGUUCUGCUGCAUUUCCAUUCCAUUUUUUUUUUUUUUAAAAACCUGUUUCACAGAGACUCAAGCCUGUCCUCUCAACCAGUUCAAUGGGUGGAGGUCUCAAUAACCGUCUUGCUCAUGUUUUUCUUACCAGCCACUUCAUACUGUGGCAGGUCAUUUAUGUACCGUACAUAUUCUGCUGCAUGCUAGAAUCUGUGUUUUGCAUCUCACUGCAGACCUAUCAGCACUGAUGUGCUAACUCAUUUUCUCCAGUAUACAAAUGCCAAGAUGCAGGAGUCUGAAGUUAGCCUGAUAGCUACAGGGAGCAGGGCCUUCUUGCAGGUGGCACUCUCUUUAUGGAAGAGGGAAGAGCCACAGCUCAGUGUUAGACCAUUUUUUGGGUCCAGGUUCAAAUCCCAAACUCCCAGGUAGGGCUGGGAGAGACCUCUGCAUUAAAUCCUGGAGUGUUGUUGCCUAUCAGUGUGGACAAUAUUGAGCCUUUCAGCAGAUGUUGAAAUUAGGGGUGUAAGGAUGCAGUGAUUUCUGUCCCAUCCUGUGAUUGUUGCAAUCAGCACUGUUUCUGUUCCACUGCAGUUCGGCUUCCAGCCAAUCCUACAUUAUUUGUGUCGCUAGCAGUUAUGGUCAAAAGUAACGCAAUUAAUUAAGUUGUUAAUUUUGCAAUUAACUUCAGGGCAUUGUGACAGAAGGGAAACAUCAAAAACAAGGCGGAAAAUAAUACCGUAUUGGCCCAAAUAUAAGCCGCACCCGAAUAUAAGCCACACCUCUAAAAUUCAAGGCGGGUGGGGGGGGGAGGAAAAAAAGAUAAUACCCGAAUAUAAGCCGUUCCCUUAAAAUUCUGCAGGCACUCACACCUGUCGUGUUUUACCGUAAGUCUUUCAGAAGCGAUAUUGUAAAAGCUAAUUUUGUAAGGUCGCGAAUUUAAGCCGAACUUUAACUUUUCAUGGUCAGAAUUUGGGGGGAAAGUAAGGCUUAUAUUCAGGCCAAUAUGAUAUAAUUAUUGAUGUAACAUUUGCUGACUGAAAAAUCAAUCAUAGUGAAUAGCACACAUAUUCACUUGUAUGAUUUCAGUUCUUGACAGUGGUCGAACACGCAAAUUGUGGCCAUUUCUGUUCAAAUUUCCAUUUUUGACGGAACUCUCUGACACCCCUAGUUGAAAGCCAGGCUGUUGUAGGGAACAAAACAUCCUAUGAAUGUAGUAUACUCCCCCGUCAUACCUUCUUCUUUCAAACAAUUCUAGAAAUGGCAGUUCUGUACAGCAGCCGUAAAUCAUAAUUUUACAAGUUACAGUGAUGAUUCUAAGACUGGUUUCGGACCAGAAUACUUAGGAUGUCUAAAGCAUGCCCCCAUCAGAUAGCUGUAAUCCAGGAUGGUUCUGACCUGGGAGCUUUAGGGCUGAGUUCUUCCCAAGGGAGUGGCUAUCACUCUGACCCACGGUUCUCAGCUUCCUGAACGGGCUGUGUGUUUCAUGGUCUAACAAUCUCUGUCUUGCUUCCUAGGGUUACUAUGUGCGGGAUGCCCUAGCAAAGAACGUUUAUAACCGGCUAUUUAACUGGCUCGUCAACAGGAUCAACGAGAGCAUCAAAGUGAGUGUGCGCAGUGGAUAUGAUCCACCUGACUUAAAACAGAGAAAAUGAGUUUACCAUCCAAUGUAUUAAAGCAGUGGUUUAAAGGUAAAGGGACCCCUGACCAUUAGGUCCAGUCGUGGCCAACUCUGGGGUUGCGGCGCUCAUCUCGCUUUAUUGGCCGAGGGAGCCGGCGUACAGCUUCCGGGUCAUGUGGCCAGCAUGACUAAGCCGCUUCUGGUGAACCAGAGCAGCGCAUGGAAACACAGUUUAUCUUCCUGCUGGAGCGGUACCUAUUUAUCUACUUGCACUUUGACGUGCUUUCGAACUGCUAGGUUGGCAGGAGCAGGGACCGAGCAACGGGAGCUCACCCCGUCGUGGGGAUUCGAACCACUGACCUUCUGAUCGGCAAGUCCUAGGCUCAGUGGUUUAACCCACAGCACCACCCGCGUCCCAUACAUUUUCAUAUAGGCACUGACAAAAAAAAUUUUGGGAAAAAAAUAUGUAUUCAUGAUUAGGAAGACAGAAACAAGAUGGUAACUAUCCCCAAUUAAAUGACAUGGGGAGAAUGGGAAGUAUGAAUGCUUUCAGGACACCUUCUGCUUCUUCUUCUUCUUCCUCUUCUUCUUCUAGGUGGCAACAACUGAGCACAAGAAAGUCAUGGGUGUCCUGGAUAUUUAUGGCUUUGAGAUUUUUCAGGUGAGUAGUGGAUAUUCCUGGUUCUGGCUUCUAAAGGCAGAUAUUUGGUCAGGGUCUUGGCAAGUGGGUUUGACUCUGGGGCAGGCUGGUGCCUUCAGAUAUGAGAAGGUGCUCUCUCUGAAUUCAUGUUCAUGUGUUAUGUGCGCAUUGCUACCUCUCUAUCUUUCCAUGUCUUGUUAUGUAUAUUAAACGGAGGAGCACAAACAUGAACUGGAUUUACAGUAUGUUGCGUGGAGACUUCAGGGCUGAGAGUCAGGCUUAGGGGAUAUGGUCAGGGUUUUAUAUGUGGGAGUCGAUCUAGGAUGCACCCAUCCUUUACCUGGGGCUCUUUUGCUUUCAAAGUUGCUAUUUUUUCUCCCACUCCUCUAUGUAGGACAACAGCUUUGAGCAGUUCAUUAUCAAUUACUGCAACGAGAAGCUGCAGCAAAUCUUCAUCCUGCUGACCCUGAAGGAGGAGCAAGAGGAGUACAUUCGGGAGGUAGACAAUUUUUCCAGAGCCAGGCCUGGUUCAUAGGCAAGGGGCAAGGGCAAGGGUAUUAAUAGAAUAGGUGUGUGUGUGUGUGUGUGUGUGUGUGUAUGUAUGUAUGUAUAUAUAUAUAUAUGUGUGUGUGUGUGUGUGUGUGUGUGUGUAUACACAAACAAACAGUGCAGGAAUAAUAAUAAUAAUAAUAAUAAUAAUAAUAAUAUACUAUUUAUACCCCGCCCAUCUGGCUGGGUUUCCCCAGGCACUCUGGGCGGCUUCCAACAGAAUAUUAAAUUACAAUAGUCUAUUAAACAAAUAACUUUAAAUGUACAGGUGCCAAUAACCUCUAGGAUUCACCAUAAGAUCAGAGAAGCAAUUGUAUUUUAUAGGAAAAUAUAAAUAUAGUAUAGUAUGUAAAAAAGAGGUGGGGGUGUAUAAUGUUGGUGUGUGUGGGGUAGUUGGGAUGGUCCUGUCCAUUUGUUACAACAGAACAGGUUUCCUGUGCAGAUUGAACCAUUGUUAUGUGGAAGCCCUUUUCCUGUUUGCAAGAGGAGGAGCUGUCAGUGGCUACUAGUCAUCAUGAUGACUAUAUUCUACUUCCAGGGCAGAGGCUGCAAGCCUCUGAAUACCAUUUGCUAGGGAACAACUAAAGGGGAGAGCGUUUUUGUGCUAAUGUCCUGUCUGUGGGCUUCUCAAGCAUCUGGUUGGGCAAAGUGGGAGCCAGGAUGCUUAACUAGACAGGGUGAGGAGCUGAGAACCUGUGUUCUGGGCCCUGCCUAGAUGCUGUUAGACUACUACAACUCACAUCAGGAGCGGUGGGGUGGUGCUACCUCCCUACCACUUGAUGGGAUGGGGCAGUGAGUUUGGAGCUGCAGUGGUGGAGCCAAUCUGGCACUCCUGCCAGGGUGGCUGUGGAGCUCUGCAGCCACCCAGCCAGCGUGGUGUAGUGGUUAAGAGCGGUGGAUUCAUAAUCUGGGGAACCGGGUUUGCUUCCCUGCUCCUCCACAUGCAGCUGCUGGGUGACCUUGGGCCAGUCACACUUCUUUGAAGUCUCUCAGCCCCACUCACCUCACAGAGUGUUUGUUGUGGGGGAGGAAGGGAAAGGAGAUUGUUAGCCGCUUUGAGACUCCUUAAGGGGAGUGAAAGGCGGGAUAUCAAGUCCAAACUUCUUCUUCUUCUUCACCCUGCCACGCUCCUGUAGCACUUUGGUAAGCAGUAGUGAUGAAAGCCAGGGGACGCGGGUGGCACUGUGGAUUAAACCAUAGAGCCUAGGACUUGCUGAUCAGAAGGUUGGCGGUUUGAAUCCCCGCGUCAGGGUGAGCUCCCAUUACUCAGUCCCUGCUCCUGCCAACCUAGCAGUUCAAAAGCACUUCAAAGUGCAAGUAGAUAAAUAGGUACCGCUCCGGUGUGAAGGUAAACGGUGUUUCCGUGCGCUGCUCUGGUUCGCAGGAAGCGGCUUAGUCAUGCUGGCCCCAUGACCCGGAAGCUGUAUGCCAUCUCCCUCAGCCAAUAAAGCGAGAUGAGCCCAGAGUCAGUCACGACUGGACCUAAUGGUCAGGGGUCCCUUUACCUUUACCUAGUGAUUGUGGGCCUCCCUUUCCCUGCUAAUAACAUGCUUUCUCUCCCCCCCCCCAGGGUAUUGCUUGGACUCCUGUGGACUUUUUCGAUAACAGCAUAAUCUGCAACUUGAUAGAGGAUGUAAGUUGUUUCAGGAGCAAUGGUGAAUAAAGUGGGGAGAGAAAGAAGACUUGUAAUCCCAUAAAUCCAAGACCUCAUCCCUUUCAGAGCUUUUCUUCGCUUCCAGUGCUCAUGUUGUGUCUCUAAGGCAGGGGUCAGCAACCUUUUUCAGCUGUGGGCUGGUCCACCGCCCCUCAGACCUUGUGGGGGGCUGGACUAUUUUUUUUUGGGGGGGGGAAAUGAACAAAUUCCUAUGCCCCACAAAUAACCCAGAGAUGCAUUUUAAAUAAAAGCACACAUUCUACUCCUGUAAAAACACCAAACGGGCCCCACAAAUAACCCAGAGAUGCAUUUUAAAUUAAAGGUCACAUUCUACUCAUGUAAAAACACACUGAUUCCUGGACUGUCCGCAGGCUGGAUUGAGAAGGCAAUUGGGCCGCAUCCAGCCCCCGGGUCUUAGGUUGCCUACCCCUGCUCUAAGGGCUCAUCCACACUUCCGCUUGUCCUGCUGCCACCACUGAAUCGGAGCAAACAUCAAUAAGUUUUUCUGCGGAUUGACUUUUGUUCUGAUUCAGAGGUAAACAGCAGGUUUCCCCAGGGAAAGUGGCAGAACAAAUUAAAAACUAGGCAUAAGACAGGUAGAACAAGGUGGACAAGGAGGCUGCAUAACCCCAUGGCGUUAGUUGCAUGUGAUGCAAACCCUUUCCUUAAUCUUAGCAGGUGCGGGUGUGCUCAGGGCCAGGAGGUGAGACUGCACGGGAUAGAUGUAAUCAGAGAUGUUCCCAUGGGGGGGGGGGCAGUGCUGAGGAGGAUGAGAAGCGGCUUCCCAGCUUGUGGCAGGUUUCAGUAGUCUACCAUUGUCUCAAGUGGGAAAAGUGCCUCUGAGUAUGUGCAGAAUGCCUUCUCACUUUGCCACUGCAGUUGGUCCCUGCCCCAGCAUACACAAUAAAAACUUAACAGAGUGGUUGGCAAUGUUUCCAUGCAGGGCUAAGUCCUCACACCUCUUGGUUUUCAAUACAGUAGUACCUCGGGUUAAGUACUUAAUUCGUUCUGGAGGUCUGUUCUUAACCUGAAACUGUUCUUAACCUGAAACACCACUUUAGCUAAUGGGGCCUCCCGCUGCCGCCGCUCCGCGGCUGGACGAUUUCUGUACUCAUCCUGAAGCAAAGUUCUUAACCCGAGGUACUAUUUCUGGGUUAGCGGAGUCUGUAAUCUGAAGCGUAUGUAACCUGAAGUGUAUGUAACCCGAGGUACCACUGUAAUGAAAAGCUGUCUUUUGCUAGGUUACUGUGACCAGAACAGCCACCACUCAGUCUCUUGCCCAGCAAAUUCCACUCUUCCUUUCCCACCACUGCCUCCCUUCAUCCAAUGCCUCCUUUUUCUUUCACAACUCCGGCACACUCUGGCAUUUUCGCCGUAGAUAAUCUGGCCUUCUCUGCACUCAUUUUUGUCCAGUGUUUUAUGAGUGCCAGCAAGGGUCAAGACUCAGCCCUGCAUUAAUCUAUCUUCAGCCGUGUGUGUGUGUGUGUGUGGAAGUGGAGUGGUGGAGAAGGAGGCCAAAGAACACAGCUUUGCCUUUUACAAAAGAAAACUGCUCUAGGUUCCUGUCUUUCCCUUCCGUGGGCUGAGUACUUCACAAACAGAUGGCUUAUUUUUUUUUAAGAAAAGAAAAGAAAAACAAUCCACAGAGGAGACAGGCUAACAAGCAGAAAGAAGGGCCAUGGACGAGGAAUUGGAAAGGCCAGCAACCACGAUCUGUUGUUGUUUUUUUAACUGCAUCUACAAGGAGCAGGCAAAGAGAAGAGCAGGCAUUUGAAAGAGCUGAAGACACCCCAUGCCUGCUUGCUCAGAAGUAAGCUCCACUGAGUUCAGUGGGCCUUACUCACUGUGAAGUGUUAUCAUAGCCACUUAUGCAUCAGCCAAACAGAGGGCAAAGGAAGAGGCAGAUUUGCAUAAAAUGUGGAUUUGCUUGUUAGUGUAUAUAGAUGCCAAUCUGGAAAAUACUAACUAAAAUUAAAGUGGACAUGAAGUUACAGUGGACACUUGGGUUGCAAACGUGAUCCGUGCGGGAUGCAUGUUUGCAACCCGCAGCGGAACGUUCUGCGCAUGCGCGACACCCGAAACCUGGAAGUAACCCAUUCUGGUACUUCCGGGUUUCGGCGGGUCCGUAACCCGAAAAAAUGCAACCUGAAGCGUCUGUAACCCAAGGUAUGACUGUACACUUCUCACCACAGUGGAGAAGACAAUGAUCUAGACAAGAUCUUCUAGACACAUCAAAGAAACGUUUCAGUUAAAUGCAUUGCAUCAGUUAAAUGUAUGAGAAAUCGCGUUGGCUGACUGAGGUUGGCGGCGUAGUGCCCCAUUUGCCCUAGUGGACCAGCCUCCCCUGCAGUGUUCUAAGUGUUCCUUCUUUCCGUAGGGCAAAGGUGGGAUCCUGGCCAUGCUGGAUGAGGAGUGCCUUCGCCCGGGCGAGGUGAAUGAAGCCACAUUCCUGAACAAGCUCAACCAAGUCUACAAGGGACACCAACGCUACGAGAGCAGGGUCACACAGAAUGACAAGCGUAUCAUGGACAACAGCUUGCAUGCGAACUGCUUCCGUAUUCACCACUAUGCUGGCAAGGUAAUUGGCGCUAGGAGUCUUUCUCAAAAACGGGUCCGUUUGGGGAGCGCAGGAGGUUAGAACAGGGGUAGCUCCCCUGCAGUGCUGGCAUGUAGCCCUUGGAAAGGUGGUGAAUCUUGAGCUGGAAAAGGUUAGCUACCACCCCUGGGUUAAAAUAUAGUUUCCUAAAGCUGAAGUGCCUGAAUCCCUUGGAAUGGUUUGGGAAAUGUGGCGGGGAGCAUGUGAGGUGAAGGAAAUUACUGCUGCGUAAACGCAGAGAAGUGUUUCUGAACUGUAGAGCUCCCUCCAUGUGAAAUCCCUCGCGAAGACCCACCAGGUCUUAUAGAACCAUAGAAACAUAGAAUUGCAGAGUUGGAAGCAACCAACCCCCUGGUCCAACCCCCUGCAAUGCAGGAAUCUUUUGCCCAAUGUGGGGCUCGGACCCACAACCCUGGGAUUAAGACUAGAUAUAAGUAGGGAGAAGGCUUUCAACCUAACCUUCUCUUGAACGUGCUAGGUUAUUUUGUGGAUAAAUAUGUAAUUUUAAUUUUUAUUCUAUUUUUGUAUGUGAGCCCCCACUUGUAGUCUGAGGUGGUGCAGACCAAAGAUAUGCUUACUACCUUAGUCCCAGGUGGGCAAAAUAUACUGCAAGGUGUAGUGGUGGAUUUCCCUUGAGUAAAAGGAGAAUUGGACAGUCCUAGGAGAAACUUGACCCUCUAAGAAGGACUUUAGCACGGACAGAAAGGUUGGGAGGCCCUUGGGAACCACGACAGAGUGGGAGUUGGGUUGUGGGCCAGAGCACUUUGUUUCCAUCUGAAUGUGUCUCUUCUCUCAUCUUCAACUUGAAGUCUUCCCUUCUAUGUGCCUCCAUUAAUGGGUGAUGCACUGUGUUCACUAGGAAUGUAUCUGAGAACUACUUAGGCACUGAGUCUUCUCCACCUCAGGUGACCUACAAUGUGAUCGGAUUCAUAGAGAAGAACAACGACCUGCUCUUUAGAGACCUGUCACAAGCCAUGUGGAAGGCCAAACACGUUCUCCUGCGCAGCCUCUUCCCUGAAGGGGACCCCCAGAAAGCCUCACUCAAGCGUCCACCCACUGCUGGUUCACAGUUCAAAGCCUCUGUGGCCACCCUCAUGAAGAAUCUCUAUUCUAAGAACCCUAAUUACAUCAGGUAAUUUGUGUGUGUAUGUGUGUGUGUGUAAGAGAGAAACUGUGGAUAGACAUCUAUUUAUUUUGGAAAGCUGAUUGUUCUCUGUGCAUUCGGACACUUCUUAAGAUCGCAUAACAAAACUUUGUGUGAUGGUUCCUAGGAUCAAGGAGCAGGCUUUCAUCUAUGUUUAGAUAUAAUUCAGCACCAUUUUGACUAAAGAUGAACUGAACCUUUAAAGGCUGCACUGAUUUUUUUAUGUCUCAGAAUUCCCAAGCAUUUCUAGGUAUGAGGCUGCUACUAGACUUAUCUUUGGACCCAGCCUGUUUGCUGACAGAGAUGGGAGAGUAAUCUCACUCAAUAAGGAUGUCCUCUUUGCUGCAGGUGCAUCAAGCCCAAUGACACCAAAAAGGCUGCUGUGUUCACAGAUGAUCUGGUUCGGACACAGGUGCGCUACCUUGGCCUGUUGGAGAACGUGCGUGUUCGGCGGGCUGGUUAUGCCUAUCGGCAGCUCUAUGACCCAUGUUUGGAGCGCUACAAGAUGCUCUCCAAGGAGACUUGGCCAAAGUGGAAAGGCAGCGCCAGGUAGGACACAGAAACUGCGAUGUGCUGGAGAGGUUGCCAUCAGAGCCUGGUGGUUACAUGAAGGGGUCAGCAGAAUACCCAUAUAGUGGACUCAUCCAAGGAUUUAAUAAUGCUGAUACAGGGCUAGAGAGAGAAACUUGGAGGGCUGCAUUUGGUUGCUGGGGGUGAGAUCCCUGACCACUGGGCUAGGCUUUGCUUGGAAAGGAAGCAUGUAGCACAUUUGUGUGGUGAUGGGGACAGAUGCAGGUGGUUUUGGAGGGUCAUCCCACAUCAUGGACUGGCUGGCUGCAGAGGAGUGGUGGGAGGCACUAGCUGGGGGAACUCCCAAGAGAAGAAAGCUCAAAGCCAGGGGAUUGGUGGUGGGACAACGAUGACUGGUUAGAGGGAGAAGAGGGAGGAGACUGGGAGGAGGUGGUGCUGGAAGCAGGGUUUAGUGGGCAGGGAGAGGCUGGGGCAGAGAGACCAGGCUCAGAGGCUGGAGAGGAGGGGGGCCAAGAGGCAGGUAUGGAGUAGAGUCUCCCCCUCCUGCUGCGACCAGCUCCCUUCUCCACCCUGGUCUCUUGGAACAUGCAGAGAAAUGAAAAGAGCAGAGCAGAGGUUGAUUGUGCACGGACACAGUCUACGAUUGCUUGGCAAAAACCCUGUAGAGGAGGGAACUUAGGAAGCAGUGGAAGGUGAGGAUCUUUGGUCCUUGCAACUGUCUUUUUGGAGUUGGGAUUACUUGCCUGCACUGUUUUAGUUUCUUUGAAUAAAGAGUUAACUUCAUUGACACUGUGUUUUCAUUGCUGACCUACCCUUGACUCUGGCUCCUGACACCCUACUUUGCAGCUUCCCACUGUGUGUACAUGCACAGGCUCCCCUAGGCAUAAGCAUUUUGGAUGUUCCAGGCUUGUGCCAGCUGGGUGACCUGGUCUGUGGUGGAGACCUGCAGUGCAGCUUGGCAUUAGGCACAUGGGCAGUAACACCCCUCCCACACACACCCGUCCCAACCAAUUAAGAGUGAGCCCAGGUGGUGGCUAGGCAAUCUCUGAUCUCUUACAUUCCCCUUUCUGGUGCAGGGAUGGUGUUCAAGCCCUUUUGAGCAGUCUGCCCAUUGACUCCAAAGAACUGGCAUACGGGCACACCAAGAUCUUCAUCCGCACGCCACGCACGGUGAGCAACUGAUGUUAGGACCAAGAGGGGAGGUCAAUGGUUACCAGCUCUUCUGGAGUUAGUGGGAGGAAUGAAUGUUGCUCCUAGGGUUGCACCAAAUAUUUUUCACUUAAGGCGUAUGCGUUACAAAAUGAAAGAUAGGACAAAAUAUAUGUCACCACACUGCAUAGCCAACCAUAUUCGUCUAUAGAUGCCUCCAGACUUUCAAUAUUUUGUGGGAAGGGAUUCAACUGCAUACCGGAAAUUUAGGUGUGCUCAAAGUUAUCCAUCACCUUAGCGCAACAAAUCCACUGGGGGGGGGGCAACUAAAAUGGACUUUUUGCUGUUGGGAAACUGACAUGGAAAACACAAUGAAAAGUGUGGGAUAAGCAAAUGAUUAAUGGGAAAACGUGUAAAAACAAAUCAGGAUGAAUGCUCAAUAAAUCAACACAUUUUUGCAACCAGUUUCCCAUAAUAUAAUCCUUUUGUCUAUGUUAUUUUCAUGUAUUUAUUAUUACGCGCUUUCGUAGAGAACUUCAUCACAAAAUUUGGAUAAGUGUGAAUUUCAAAGGAUGUCUGUGUUUUGGCCCUCAUAUUUUUUCAGAAAGUGCAAAUUUGAUUUGCUUUUAAAUGUGAACUGAGUUUAAUUUCUACCCCAACUCUUUCUGGAAGUGAUCUUCCUCUCACUCACAGAUUGUGGCACACAUGUCUGCUGGGAAAGUAGGACAGACUGCAGAAGAUCAACUGAACGUGCGGCCUGGCCACUGUAGCCUUCACUGCAGUUGCAUUUACGAAACCCAUUUAAAAACACAAACCUAUGCGUGCAAAAUGCCCUUGGUUGAUGUGGGAACCUGAGGAUAGGAAAUCUACAAGGAGCAGAAGCUGGUAAUCUUAACCUUUUAGGCCCUGAGGAUUUGUCUGGUAGGAGCAUGAAGGAACAUCAAAGCUAACAUCAAAGUUAAUGCAGAUCAGGCUGUAAUUUCUUCCAUGGUCUGAACCCUGUAUUGGUGCUUUUCAACCUUUUCCCUCACAGCUUUUUUAUUUGGAGGAGAGACGCCAGCAGCGGAUACAGGAGCUGGUUGCACUGAUCCAAGCAACCUUCCGGGCCUGGAAAUGCCGCAAGAACUUUCUAGAGAUGCGCAAGAGCCAAAUCGUCAUCUCUGCCUGGUACCGGGGCCAAGCGGUAAGAUGCAGAGAGUGAUACACAUAUGAUUUUACAGACUUUGGUGCUUUUUAACUUGCAGACCUCACUGUCCUCUGUGUUUUGCAAAAUCAACAGUAAUGGGCCAGUAUUAAAUCAUCGUCUUGCUUGCAUCCAUGAGAACUGGGAAGGCUGUUAGACAGAGUGAUACUUGGCUCCAGUUUAACAAGGGCAUUUGCAAUGCAGUUUGAAGAAAUAUUUGCAUUCCAUAUUUGUCCUAGUUAUUGAAAGCAAGAGGUGAAAAUCACACCAAGACGAGUUCCAACCUGCCUUGAUAUGUCAAUAGGGUCGUACAGGGCGGGGCGGGGUGGCAGCCCUCACAAGGCUGCCUUCUUACAACCAGUCAAGCGGGUGGAUCUGGCUGUCAGUUUCCUCCUCCUUAGUCUCAGUAUUGCCUUAACAGCGGUCAGAAGAGGGUGUGUGUGUGUGUGUGUGUGUGUGUGUGUGUGUGUGUGUGCAAAACUAGAAUUAGUUGGCCCUGUCUGCCAUUGGCUCUGGCGCCAUCUACUGUUGGCCUCCUGGCCUUCUACCCUACCAGUCAAAAGGGGUGGGAAUUACCACUGAUGACUCCCUGUUUGUUCAUGGCCUGUCUGUCUACUAAAGUGAGUGUUUUAUUUUGCAGCAAAAGAAGAAAUAUGGGAAGAUGAAAAUGUCAGCUCUUCUUAUCCAGGCCUAUGUCCGAGGAUGGAAGGUGAGGCAGGUGACAUCCAGAAUAUGGUUGCGGCCGGGCCUUUAAAGGUUCUAGGGUUCAGUUACUUAUAUAGUCAAAGUAAUUAAAUAAUAUGCAAGAAUUUUUAUUUUAAAAUAUUAAUGUUCUGACGUUAUAUAUUCAAUGCUCAUUUUAUGCAACAAAAUCUCACGUAUUCUUCAGUAGCCUGGAAUUUUUUGUCAGUUGCAGACAACUUAGGAGCUGCUAACGGGCUCAGAUGCUAAGUAGACAGAUGAGGCUGAAAUGAUAAGUUUGUACACCGUUGCCCAGAUUUUGUUACCUUGCCAUUUCAAAUCCUUGCGCAUACACGCACCUGCUGCACAUGUGUGCGUGCCAAACUGGAAAAAUUUCAGGGCAUAACUAUGUAUGAUGUCCAAUGUUGUCUGAGAUGUUAUUAGUAAUGACCAAGAAAAUUGUAGGUCUUAGUAAAGCUGCUCUCUGUCCCCCUCCCCCUUUUUUCUGGGACCCUUUGGGGUUCUUACCUAUCCGCUCCCUUCCUCCACAGUCUCGUAAACUCCUACGGCAGCUGAAGCAACAAAAGAGCCGCAAUCAUGCUGCCACCAUCAUUACUGCUUACUGGAGAGGUUAUCAGGUAACAAAUAUGCCACUGGCUCAGUAGAACACACUUUUUUUUUUUACAUGCAUGAGGUAUUGGGUUCAACCUUUGGCAUCUCCAGUUAAAAAGAGGCCUUGUGAACCAGGUAGGGAAAGAUCUCUUCUUGAUGCUUGGGAGAGCACUGCCGGUCAGAGUAGACAAUAAUAGGCAAAGUGGGAUGGCCUUAUUUGGUACACAGCAGCUUCUUUUCUUCAGAUGUUAUUUAGACUUCAGCACGCUCACCGAGCAGGGCUUUUGUCUGUUUGCAGACACGGAAGGAAUACAAGAAGUAUUUCCGCUCUGGGGCUUCUCAGCGUAUCACUAAGUUUAUCUACACGGGUCUGGUGAGUAUGUUCCUCCUGUCCCAUUUCUAAAAUUAUAUCCAAGAAAUAACAUAGCAAGAAAAGGGAAAGGGCUUUUAAAUCUUUGAAUGAAAGUGAUGAUUGUCAGCAGGCGUCCCCCCCGCCUUUUACUGUGACAUUGGUACUAUCCCACUGAGCUCAGAGGGGUAAAAGGUAAAGGUAAAGGGACCCCUGACAAUUAGGUCCAGUUGUGGCUGACUCUAGGGUUGUGGCGCUCAUCUCACUUUAUUGGCUGAGGGAGCCGGCAUACAGCUUCCAGGUCAUGUGGCCAGCAUGACUAGUGACUGGUGAACCAGAGCAGCGCAUGGAAACGCCGUUUACCUUCCCGCCGGAGCGGUACCUAUUUAUCUACUUGCACUCUGAAGUGCUUUCGAACUGCUAGGUUGGCAGGAGCAGGGACCAAGCAACGGGAGCUCACCCCGUCGUGGGGAUUUGAACCACCAACCUUCUGAUCGGCAAGUCCUAGGCUCUGUGGUUUAACCCACAGCGCCACCCAUGUCCCUACUCAGAGGGAUAGCGGAACUCAAUAAAUUUAAAUGUUAAGUGUUGCUGUUGUUAGCAUCAAUGCAGGCAGGCAAUGGAUGUGCUGUGUAAGGAAGAGUUAACCACAGUGCUUAUUCAGGGCAAGAGUCUCAGCCCAGUGGUAAAUCACAUGACUUUACAUGCAAAAGGUCUCAGCUGCAAUCCUUGGCCUUUCCAUCUUUCAGGCUAGAGGAGGUGGUAGCAGUAGUUGUUUGUUUGCCAUAAAAGCAAUGCUCCUUCACACUAUAAUGUGCACGCAACCCUUUUAGAUGCCUUGAGGCAGAGGUUCCCAAACUUAUUUGGCCUACCACCCCCUUUUCAGAAAACAAAACAAAACUCAGAGCCCCCCUGGAAAACUACUUUCUUUAAAUGAACAAACAGAAAAUUGAGUAACAAAUAGGUGUUCUUUUGUGUAUCUAUAUUUCUACCUAUGUCCUACAACAUAGUAAAUUUGCCAAUGACUAAAUAGGCAGGCAAGCUGCAAUCCAUUUCCCAGGCCUGGGUGAAGCUGAAAGGGGUUCACCCAAGCCCAGUGUUAAAGAAAAUUCUGGGUUGAGAGACUACUCAACGCCAAGCUCGUCGGGUACAAGUCCCCCGCAGGUCCAUGCGGUCAGUAAAAGAAUGAAAUUCCAGCCAAGUAAUUUGGAGCAAAACAGCAGUCAGUAGACUUAGAUCCUUUAUUGUUGCGCAACAGGUUCAAACAGCAGUAAGAACCCUGAGCAUGGGGCGACAUUCACUUUUAAAACUUUGCCACCAUAUCCCAGAAUACAGUUCACACAGCAUCAUCAAUACAUCAUUGUUGCAUCACUAACGUGUCACAAAAGGGGAGCGUUACACAAGAUUAGCAUAGACAGAUAUGUCAGGGCAACACCCAAGUACAGUGGUACCUCUGGUUACGUACUUAAUUCAUUCCAGAGGUCCAUUCUUAACCUGAAACUGUUCUUAACCUGAAGCACCACUUUAGCUAAUGGGGCCUCCUGCUGCUGCCACGCCGCCGGAACACAAUUUCUGUUCUCAUCCUGAAGCAAAGUUCUUAACCCGAGGUACUAUUUCUGGGUUAGCGGAGUCUGUAACCUGAAGCAUAUGUAACCUGAAGCGUAUGUAACCUGAGGUACCACUGUACAAGAUUAGCACAGGCAAACAUGUCUUAAGUAAAGUAAAGGUAAAGGUACCCAUGCCCGUACGGGCCAGUCAUGUCCGACUCUAGGGUUGUGCGCCCAUCUCACUUAAGAGGCCGGGGGCCAGCGCUGUCCGGAGACACUUCCAGGUCACGUGGCCAGCGUGACGAAGCUGCUCUGGCGAGCCAGCACCAGCGCAGCACACGGAAACGCUGUUUACCUUCCCACUAUAAAGCGGUACCAAUUUAUCUACUUGUACUUAAGGGUGCUUUCGAACUGCUAGGUGAGCAGGAGCUGGGACCGAAAGACGGGAGCUCACCCCGCCGCGGGGAGCUCACCAUGCGAUCGGCAAGCCCUAGGCACUGAGGUUUUACCCACAGCACCACCCGCGUCCCAUGUCUUAAGUACCCACCACCCAAAGUACAAUAGAACUUCCUUUGCAUGUCUGGAGCCUGAGGCAAGUCCAGUGAUGAGAUUUGGCUUCCCUUGGCUAACAAUGAGCCCAGCAAUUGUCACCUCUGGGCAUGUCCUGGGGUAGGAGGUGUGUAUACAUGUCUUCAGGCUUGGGGAGGUGGCAGGGGAAAGAGUCCUUUUUUCCAAGGGCAAAAUAGCGUUGGAAUGGAGUAAACUGGCAAAGGAGUUGAUUUUACAUGAUUUUUAAAGCUUGAAAGCUGAGCUGUCAAGUCGAAAAGAUACAUUCAGGCAUAAUAUUUGUAACAUUUAAUAACUUUAAAGAUGGGUCAUCCCCCCUUAUUUCCGUAACAGCAGGAAACCCCCUCGCCUGCAGCACGACCGCCAGAUCCAGGCAAGGGGUUGUCACCAUCCUGCAAAGGCGGCUGACCUGGCAGUAAGCGUCAUUACACAACAGAUGAAACAUGCACAUUUCCCCUCCAAAAUCUCUUCUUUCUUUAUGCUUCCACUGCCCCCUUAUUUUUAUUCAAUGAACCCAAUGCUGCUACUACCCGCUAGAUUGUUCCAGCACUCUCUAGGGUACAGUAUUGCCCACUUAGGGAAACAUUGCCUUGAGGUUUUAUGUGCUCUCUAUCUCCCUUCUUAUAGGUGCAAAAAUUCCUCCUGGGUUUGAAGAACAACCUCCCUUCCAUGACAGUGACUGACCAGGCUUGGCCGCCAGCUCCAUACAAGUUUCUCACAGGCCCCAAUGAAGAACUGAAGAAGAUCUUCCACCAUUGGAGGGUUAGAGCGGGAUUAUGGCUCAUUUCUAUGCGUAAUUCUUUCAGAGUGAAACUGAGGGUGCUUCCAGACUGUCACUGCUCUCGUCUGGGAUUCAAUCACAUUCUGACAAAUUCAGGUUGCACAAUAUAAUAAUAAUAAUAAUAAUAAUAAUAAUAAUAAUAAUAAUAAUAAUAAUUUAUUUAUACCCCACCCUCCCCGGCCAAAGCCGGGCUCAGGGGGGCUAACACCAGUAAAAUUACAAUAAUAAUAAUAAUAAACCCAUUUAAAAUACAGGUUAAAAUACAAUUUAAAAUGCAGCCUCAUUUUAACAGUAGCCCAUAGAUCAAAAUCAUAAGGGGAGGGAAACAUAAGGGUCAGACUGAGUCCAAACCAAAGGCCAGGCGGAACAGCUCUGUCAUGUAGGCCCUGCAGAAAGAUGUCAAGUUCCGCAGGGCCCUAGUCUCUUGUGACAGAGUCGGGGCCAGUACUGAAAAGGCCCUGGCCCUAGUUGAGACCAAUCUAACCACCUUGAGACUUGGGACCUCCAAGGUGUUGUCAUUUGUGGACCUUAAAUUAUAGUCGAUAUGGAAGCGUUGCACAGCAAACCUGCUUCCACAAAUGAUUAAAUGUUUUGUGAUAAGGAAAUUGUUGAGGGAAAUGCAGUGUGCGAUAACCCUGCCUUUGAUGCAGCGGCAGCUAAUCCCAUCUCAAAUGCAUCAGGAUGAAUGUGCAAUAAACAGGAUGUCUGGAAGUGCCCUCAAUUUUGAGACUACUGGUAGCAGGUAUUCUGUGUAUAUAAUUACUGGGCCAACAAAUACGGUGGCCCUGGAGAUACUUUGCAAAUUAUAUUUGCGUGGGAGAGGGGCUCCAUUAAACAGUGGUAGGAUGGAAGAGUGGAAAACAGGAAAGGAGGCAACUCCCCACCCCCACCCCCAAUUUGCCUCUUCAUUUCCCUCCUCAGUUACGAAUGGAAGAAUCUGUCAAUCCUGGUUCUCAAUUACUGUAUUGAUUAAUUAGUGUUUUUAUGGAGCAGUCAAGUAAUUUCAUUGUCCCCGAAGGGGGCAAUGACAAUAAAGAUAUUAUUAUUAUUAUUAUUAUUAUUAUUAUUAAUUAAUUUCUCAUUUUCCCAAUCUUACGUUCAUUUCUGCAGAAGUUCAUCAGCAUUUUAGUGCAAAAUUCUCCUAAUUAAACACACUUUUAUAUGCAGUUUUAACUAAUAUGCAUGUUUUUACAAGCAGUUUUCCUUAACAGAAGGCACCUUUGUACGUUAUUUUUGAAGAAGUAUGUUCAUUUUUAUGUAUACUUUCCCCUAAUAUAUGCAUUAUAGUAAACACUGAUUGGAUGGAGAACUGCCUUGCAAAAUUUGAAUGGGCACAAAUUUUGAAGGAUGGCUGUUUCAGUCCUCGUAGUGUUUCAGAAAGUGCAAAUUUGACAGCGUCUCCUUUAAAUGCAAACGGAAACAAAUUUCUUCCUCAUCUGUCCUCUCAUUGUGCCUCUGAUACUAUGUGAGCCGCCCACGUUGUUGACAGGAAUCAUAGAACAGCUGCUUCCACAUCCAACACACUUUGCUGAGGCACCAGAGUUGUCUCUGCAAGACCAAGCAAGGUUCAAAGUGACAGUGUGGGUGUGGAGUGAGCUUUUGCUUACUUGGGCAAGUUGAACUGAGUUUUCUUUUUAAAUUAAUGUUUCAUUUUGUGGAUAAAUUUCCAGGCAAACAAUGUUAGGUUUUAUUUGGACCCAUCCCACCACAGGGCAUGUGGGUGCUGCACAUAAGUAGAACCGUUGCUGCUACAGCUACCAAAUCCUUUUUUUUUUUUAAAUGAUAUUUAUUAAAAUUUCAAAAAAAAAGAAAGAGAUUACAUUAAUAAGAAAAUUAACAAUAAAAGGGAAAAAUACAAAAUACAAAAUACAAAAAAGGAAAAAAAACAGUUAAAAACAAUUCCAUCUUUUCAUCACUUCUCUUACAUUUACUUGUUUCCCGGACCUCCUCAUACCACCCUCUUUUGUAUUCCAAUUCAAUUUGUUAGUCCAGCAAUUCCUUUCCCUCCUUUUUAAUCCUGAUCUUUAAUCUUGAUAUAUUAUAACAUUAAAUUUUUACGUAUUAAAGAUCAAUUUUUCCAUAUUCUUUUAUACCAUUACAGCUAGAAACCACUUAACUUCAAUCCGACAUCAUUCUAACAUUCAUUAAUUUUACAAUAUUUCUGUAAGUAGUCUUUACAUUUCUUCCAAUCUUCUUCCACCGACUCUUCUCCCUGGUCUCGGAUUCUGCCAGUCAUUUCCGCUAAUUCCAUGUAGUCCAUCAUUUUCAUCUGCCUACAGCUACCGAAUCCUUGCCUUUUCAAGACACAGCUGUGCAGGGCUAAUCACAACAUAGCAGAGGAUCCCAUGCCUUCCAGACAUGCAUCCAGUGUCUACCUCCUCUCCCAUCGUUACAGUGCACAGUGUGGCUAUAUUUUUACAGCCCAACAAUCUCAAUAUAGGGCACUGUCACCACAUGGUGCUUUAGAGAUGACUGAAGUGGCCCCAGCAGUCAACUUGAUGUUGAUCACUUUCGCUCAGUCAUCACAGGCUUUCCUGGCCCAUGUCACUUGAAGCUUGGGGAGACCUAGCGUUGUUUUCCUUCUGCCAAGCACAAGCCACAAAAUCAGGGCCAGCCCUACUGUUAGGUAGAAUGAUGCAGCCACCAAUGGACAUGGACCUGAGCCUGGAUUCUCUUCCUGCCCUUCGAGUACAAGACAGCAGAAAGCAGAAUCAUGUUCUUGCUUGCCAGAUUCAACAAAAAAAAUAGAGGGGUGGGGAAGUACUCCUCAGUGCAAGAACAUUCAUAUUUGGGAGUGCUUUUAAAGAAACAAAAGCAAUCAAAGCAGAAGAAUAUGAAUUUGAAACUUUCUUUUUUUUGGAAGCAAAUGUGACUGAAGUAAAUUUGCGUGUGUUUCUUCCUUGCUAAAGUAAAUAGGGUAUGUUUUGGAGUUUGCAAUGUUGACUCUCCUUUUGCUUCUUAUCUGCACCCACCUUUGCUCUCUGCUUUCCUGGUGCAGUGCAAGAAAUAUCGAGAUCAGCUGCCACCCCAGAGAAAAGUAGCCCUCCAGGACAAGUUGUGUGCCAGUGAACUUUUCCGGGGCAAGAAGAGUUUGUACCCUAAAAGGUGAGUGCAAAGACAGGAGCUAGCGCCACCCCAGUCGAGCCGGAAUUGACCCAUUAGGAUUGCUGUGGAUUACUAUUAGGGAUUAGUGUAUCUAAUAAUUUCUACCUCUCUGUGUUUCUCAUCUUUCCAACCUUAAGUUUAUAGAAUCAUAGAACUGUAGAGUUGGGAGGGAUCUCUGUGAUCAACUGGUCCAAACUCCUGUAAUGCAGAAGUCGGAGCUAAGAAAUUCCUGGCAUAUGGCCAUCCAACCUCUGUUUUUAAACCUCCAGUGAAGGAGAGUCUACCACCUUCUGAUAGAAUCUGUUACGCUGUUGAACAGCUCUUACUGUUAGAAAGUUCUUCCUAAUGUUCAAUUUGACUCUCCUUUCUUGUAAUUUGGAUCCACUGCCUCGCGUCCUACCCACUGAAGCAGCAGAAAACAAGCUUGCUCCAUCUUCCAUGUGGCAGCCCUUUGAAGAAGGCUAUUGUAUCACCUCUCAGUCUUCUCUUUCCUAGGCAAAACACCAAACUCCUUCAACUGUUCCUUGUAAAGCUGUUUCCAUACCUUUUUAUCGUCAUGGUUGCCCUCCUCUCUACAUCUUCCAACUUGUCAAUAUCCUUAAACUGUGGUGCCCAGAACUGGACACAGGUGGGGCCUGACCAAGGCAGAAUAGAACAGAACUAUUACCGUAUUUUUCGCUCUAUAAGACGCACUUUUCCCUUCCUAAAAAGUAAGGGGAAAUGUGUGUGCGUCUUACGGAGUGAAUGCAGGCUGCGCAGCUAUUGCUGAAGCCAGGAGAGCAAGCGGGAUCAGUGCGCACCAAUCCCUCUUGCUCUUCUGGCUUCAGAGAUAGCCACGCAAAGCCUCUUGAGUGCAGCCGGAGCGCUCCUCCCUCUUUGCUCAAGAGGCUUUGCGUUGCUUUCUUGUUUCUUGUUUUCUUCCUCUAAAAACUAGGUGCGUCUUAUGGUUGGUGCGUCUUAUAGAGCGAAAAAUACAGUGCUUCCCUUUAGUUCUCCACUUUUCCACAUCAGUUUGAGGGUACUAAUGAAAAUCCAUCAGCAUUUUUGUGUGUGAAUUGCUCCUAAUUUGCAUUUUAGAAGGCACUUUUAUACAUUUUAAAGGCAUUUUAAAGGCAUCUUUGUAUGCUAUUUUCCUGAAUAUAUAUUUUCCUAUGCACACUUUACCCAACAACAAUACAUUUUUGCACACAUUACUUGGCUAGAGAACAACGUUGUAAAAUUCAGAGAAAUGCAGAUUUCAAAUGGAUGGCUGCGUUUCAGUUUGCAUAUUUUCUGGGAAUGUGUGCAUUAAAUAGGUUUACCUUUACAUACAAACUGAAUUUACCUCCCUCCCUCCCUAAUGAAAACCUGUGGUUUGUGUCUUUUAGCCUCCCACAACCUUUCAGAGGCGAUCACCUGGGUCUAAAGGAGAACUCCAAGUAUCGUAAGCUCCAAGCCACAGCUGAUGGCAAGAUGGUCAUGGCUGACAGCGUGAGGAAGGUCAACCGAGGUGAUGGAAAGGUGAGAAACAUCCUGCCCUACCUCUCUGGCACCUAAAGGAACAAGAACAAAAGGAAGAGCAAGGAACCCUGUGUGUGUUUUCUCACUAUUCUAGGGUUGCCAUAUUUAAAUAUUUCUUUCACCUGUCUUCCAAUUUCAGUUCAAAUGAAAUGAAGCCCCAUUGCCAGUGACCUAUUUGCAAUACCUGCACGGCCUGUUUGCAGGAUUAAGCCCCUGUCUGAAAGCACCUUUAUCUAGUCUCUUGCACCUCAAAGCAGAGGGUCACCAACCUUUUUAGGCCCAUUUUUAGGAUUUUUUUUUAGUAACUGAAAGCACCUGCCUCUCCUUGCCCAGAAAAAGACAGAUACACACACACACACACACACACACACACACAGGCAAUUCAGUUUUCCUUUUUUAAAAAAAUAAUUUUUAUUAAGUUUUCCAUUUAACAAUCCAAUCAUAUCACAUUAAUUAUUCCAAAUUAUACCAAUACAUAUCAUAAACUCCAAAUAUUUUGCCAAAUUAUAAAUUUUUGUUGGGGGUUCCCAUGCUUCGAGUUCAGUAAGGGUCCAGUCAUCUCAUAUUUCUGCUGCUUUUAGUGUUCACCAAUCCCAUCUUUCGAUCUUCCUGUUGUUAUCCUUUUUCUUCUUAAUAGCCUCUGAGUUGUUUCCACAGGCGAGUUAAAGUAAGCAUUGUUAUGCUUCUGUGUGAACUUUGUAAGGCUCUCCCUUUUUUUAAAGCUGGUAAGUCUUUUGUUUGCAGUAAAUCUUCACACGCUGAUCCAAAAAUCUUGCUCGGGCGGCAGGUGCCAUCUUUCUCAAUUCCGAUGAAAUAAAAUCUAAGUGUCUGCUCAUUAAUUUUCCCAGACAGGUUGCACCAUAAAUCAGUCUUUCCAGGGAAGGAUUUGCCAAGUCAAACUUAGAAUACAAUCAUGACAACAGAGCAAUGGCUCGCCUCCCCCUCUGACUAUUAAUCUCGCAACAUAGUCUGUCUCAUAAUGGCGGAUCCCGAUUAAAAACUGUGUCACAAGAGAGCCUUUUAUUUUCUGGCAAUUCAGUUUUCCAAGGAAUCGUCAUGAAAAUCAGAUCUGCUAGGGUGAAUCUGAGCCCUGAAAAGCACGUAAAGCUGAAAUAGGUUGUGGAACAGAGCAUCCCACUUCCAACUUUCUCUGUCAGCUCUGUGUACUUCCUAAAGUAAGCACCCUCACCACCUCAAGACCAAGGGCACUGAGUUUGGGGGAGGAGGCUCAGAGGCUUUGUGGAUGCCAGAGAAGACCUCAAGGGUGCCAAUGCGCCCACCAGUGACUCAUUGGCAACUCCUGCCUGAAACUCACCCAUCCACCCCUCAAUAUGUCAGCUACGUGAGCAAGAUCCUCUGUUGACAGGGGCUUGGGAUGAAUGACAGGGGGGGUGCUGGUGCUUUCAUGGCCGGCCUGCACACAAUGAGCUGACCAGUGUCGAAGCAGGAUAUGGUACUAGGUGAACGUUUGGCAUGAAUUAGCAGGGUUGUUUUUCUUCUGUCCUUAAGAGCCUGCCAUGAGGGAUUCAAGGUGGCAAUUUUCCUUCCUCCUCUCUCUGUUCCAGGCCUCUCCUCGAAUCUUCCUUCUCACCAAGAGCCACAUCAUCCUGGCAGACCCCAAGGCUGCCCAGCCAAAAACAGUGAUCACCCUGAGUGACAUCAACGGUGUCUCCGUCAGCCGCUAUGCAGAUGGCUUCUUUGUUCUGCACAUUAAAGAGGUACUGGGAAGGUGGUGGCGGCGGUGGCCUGACAGCUACCAACACAAUUUAAUGGCCAGGAAGAUCCUAGCACCAAUUUGCUACUUCGUGACUCCCUCUGAAACCCCCAUGGCAGGGUUAGGGAAUAUGAAAAUGCAAUUUUUUUUUUUUAAGGUGUUAACACCAUCCUGCCAAAGCUGAAUUGAAAUGUCACACAAGUCUGGAAAUGUGAGCUCUGAAUGUGUAGUUUUCAAAUGUAGCUUUUUCAAAUCGCAUUGAAGAACACUUUAAUGAAAGAAAACGCUGCUGAGACACUUUUCAAACAGUUAGAGAAUUCUUAGACUUUAGUCCUGUAUAUGCACCUAACUGAGAGGAAAUCCCACUGAGCACAGUGGAACUUUCUUCCGAGUUAACAUGGAUUGCCCUGUCUUUUAAACAGAUUCAUCAGUGAAUUGUAGGGACUCCUUCAGCCUGUUGCCUGCCCCCCCAACCCUGCCCUCUUCUUACUAGGGUUGUUUGCGGUGUCAGAGCCUGAUUUAAGAGAAAAGCAAUCAGCAGCAGCAGGAUUUGCCACCCCACUCCCACCCAUCACUACCUGUCCUGAAAUCACACCACCAGCUUUAUAGCCACCUGCCAUUAGAAAGGUCUUCUGCAAUCAUAGCUAACCUUUCUUUCCUCCAUACUGGCCUAACUUGCAAGGAUCAGGAUUGGAGAAUAGUUCAUCCCAUAAAAAUCCCUAGCUCCUAAACCACCUUCCCUUUUAGCUAAGAUUGCUGGGUUUCCCAAGACCACUUGGGGGAAUAAGCCACUCCCUGUAUACAGAAAGAACCAAAAGUCCCAGUUAUCAAGCACCACAAAGGAAAUGAAAGUUGAGUGUGGGCAGACAUCCUUGGCCAAUGUCCUGCGGAUGGGCUUGUUUUCCAUUCCAUUGACAGUAAGUAGCUAUUAUGGAGGCAGAGGCGUAUGAUGGGCUAGUUCAAUGGUUCUGAAUUUUUUUGCAGUGGCAAAACCCAGUAGCAGGGAAGCAUUGUUGACCUGGCUUCCCAACGCCACGUGUCACUGCCAGUCCCUACAAAGGGGAGGGGCAAGGCAGUGGGGAGUGUUGUGCCCACAGCACACCAGUCUCACUGCUGCCUUGCUCUUCUGACUCUUGGCAACUGGCACAACACUGCCCUGCCUACGCCACCAGCUAGCUGCUACUGAUUUAACCCUUGGAAAGUGCAAUGAGGGAAGGAAGGACGACAAUUGCUUGAGUGGUGCCUAGGACCCUCGUACCUACGAGACCGCCUCUCCCGGUAUGCCCCACGGAGAGCCUCAAGGUCCAUAAAUAGCAAUACCCUAGUGGUCCCGGGCCCUAAGGAAGUUAGAUUAGCUUCAACCAGAGCCAGGGCCUUUUCAACACUGGCUCCAGCCUGGUGGAACGCUCUGCCUCAUGAGACCAGGGCCCUGCAGGAUCUGAUUUCUUUCCGCAGGGCCUGUAAGACAGAGGAGUUCUGCCUGGCCUUUGGCUUGGAGCCAAUUUGAUUCCCUCCCCCACUUUCUUUUUCCUUUUUCCUUUCUCCUCCUGUGAUGAGGCUGCAUUUUAAUAUUUUAAUCUUGUUUUUAAGUUGUAUUCAUUCAACUUGUUUUUAUUAUUGCUUGUUAGCCGCCCUGAGCCUGGCCUUGGCUGAGGAGGGCGGGGUAUAAAUAAAAAUUAAUAUUAUUAUUGUUAUUAUUAAUCUCCAUGGCUGCAGUGCAGUGGAAAUCACGAUUUGUGUGUGCUUAUCUGUUAUUGCAACACUUUCCCCACCAGAACCUCAUGGACUACUUCACAGAACCCCAGGGUUCUGCAGAGGUAUUUUAGAAAUGCUGGGCUGGUUCAUAAGGUGGCCAGUGGUUAGGUAACAUAAUGGAAGCAAGUGCUAAAGCUUGUUAGCUAGAGUAAGGACUAGGAUGGUGCCUCCAUCAGGUUUCAAUGUCUCUUCCUUUUGCAGACCUCCACAGCGGGUACCAAAGGGGACUUCCUGCUUAUAAGUGACCACUUGAUCGAACUGGUCACCCGGCUCCACCAGACCGUGCUGGAAGCUACAAAGCAAAAACUGAAGCUCCAAGUGGCUGAUGAGUAAGAUUAGAGAGUUAGCAGUAGGCGGGAAGGGGAGGGGGAGAUUUGGACCAAGCACUGGUGCUCUUGUUUGGGAGUUUGUCCAAAGCAUCAUAAGGACAUGGGAAGCUGCCUUAUCCCGAAUCAGACCAUUAGUCAAUCUAGUUCAGUACUGUCUACAUUGACUGAUAGCAGCUUUCCAGGUUUCAUGCAGGGGACAUUCCCAACCUCAUCAGGAGGUGCUGGGAACUGAACCUGGGACCUUCUGCAUGCAAAGCAGAUGCCCUGCCGCAAAUUCAUCUUCCUUUUCCAGAGAGAACCACCAUGUUAUUUGACAGGCUGUGAGGGAUUAUUCUUUUUCUGCAGGGGGGAAUGGGAAGAAUGCUGAAAUACUGUGUCGAUCCACAGAAACAUAGAUCUACCAAUGGGUUUAACUGGAAUCUGUGCUGGCGAUAUACCAAAAUCAAAGGCAGCCAAAGGCAGAGAAAAUAUACAGUGGUACCUUGGGUUACAUACACUUCAGGUUACAGACUCCGCUAACCCAGAAAUAGUACCUCGGGUUAAGAACUUUGCUUCAGGAUGAGAACGAAUUAAGUACUUAACCCGAGGUACCACUAUAUAUCUAUUUGGUAGUGGUGAAACCAUCUCCAUCUUCAUUUAUAACUUUUCUUCCAGGAAGGUUAGAGACUAUUUUUUUUAAAUGAAAGCUCAGAGCCUGCUCCCUCUUCCCUUACAGGCAUCAGCUCUGGAGUGAGUGCUCCAGUUGUACCCCUGAUAAUCUGGCCUUGUUUCUACCAAAUAAUCCUACUUCCACCAGAGAAUCCUGGGAACUGUAGUUUGUUAAGGGUGCUGGAAAUCAAACCUUUGUGAGGGGCAAACCACAGUUCCCACUAUCCUUUGCAGGGAGUCACAUGCUUAAAUGUAUCAUCUGAUAGCUGUGGCUGAUGGGACUUGUAGUACAAACCCUCAAGGACUUACUUGUUCAUGCAAGUUGCAGCAAUGUUUUUCUCCAUUAAUUUUUUUUACAUAAAUGUAUUUAUAAAUUUGUUUAAAACCACAUAACUCCAAAUACAGUGGCUAAGGUUCCACUGUGAUUUUUCUGCAACACUUUUGUUUUCAAACUGGUUUAACCUUGCUGCAAUGUCUUCGAAUUUCCUCCUUUCUUAGCCAUUUCUGAUUAAUUUGGUUUGGUGUCUGAAAGCCUAAUAAACACGCUCAAGUGCUACUGCUAAGUUGGAGUGAGCAGGUGUAUCUUUUAACAUGAGAUUCCUUGGUCAUCUACAGGUUCCUGGUGAAGUUCAAGCAAAGCAGCAUCACUGUCAAGGUGGUAGAGACAGCUGAGAAGCAGGGGGCAGCGCCCGUCUGCAGAAAGAAAGGCAGCCAUCGAAUGGAGGUGUUAGUCCACUGAGGAGAAUCUGGACAGAAGGAUACUGCCUGUCCAGAGGGAACUACAAUGGACUCCUGGGGGCCUUUGGAAGUGGGAAUUUGUGACUGAAGAUCUGACUCGCUGGCAGCUUCAAUAUUCUUGGUCUCUCACAUCCCACCUCAGGGGCAGCUAUCUGAAAGCUUUCAAUAAUCAAUAACACAUGCCAGUUUCCCCAUUUGGCAUAGGUGCCAAUGACAAAUGGUCCCUGUGCUACAACUGACCUCUUCAGAAAUGGCCACUCCUCCUCUCUUCUUUAGAAGCCUUACCUCUUAUUUAACUGGAGAACAUAGAGUGAGCACCAGGAAAACACACCAGUGAAAUGAAAUGCCGUUUUUGCCUAAUUUAAAGUCUCUUUACUUAGGCCCUGGGCUAGAGGGGAACCUGUGGCCCUCCAGAUGUUGAUAACAGGGAGCUGCAGUCCGGCAACAUCUGGGGAGCAUCAGGUUCCCAGAACGUGACCUACAAAAUCUGGGAAUGCUUUUAAAAACAACAACCUCAAAUCUGUUUUCUUAAAGGUGUGGCCAGGAGCUUCUCUUGGAGUGUGAACAGCUCUCUGAAACUCCUUUCUACACACUGUGUUUCAUCAGACCAAAUGUCAACCUUCAAAAUACCUCUGCGCUUCUGAUUUAUUAGUAACAGAAAGUAAUCACAACCAAUGAAGUACAUAGCUUUUUUAAAAUCUCCACCACCAUCUUGAAUUCAUCCAAAGUGAGCAGUUUUUUGAAUCCCCAACUUGGAAUGAUACUAGAUGUGCUUUUAUUUUGCUAAUAGACCCUGAAGAUCAGCUUCAAUAAUCUAGACAGUAAAGACCCAGAAGAACAUUAAACAAGCUUCCAGGGUUAAAUGUGUCCAAUAGCUCAACUCCAAGCAUUUGUAGGUUCUCACCAAACCUUGCACAGAAGCUGCCAGAGCAUGUGCAGGUAGCUGCAAUAUUCCCCCAUUAAAUAAAGUUAUGUAUUUUAAAUCUUCUAACUCCAAACAGCUGAGUUUACAUUGUGUUCUAUUAUUUAUUCUGCAACAUUUCAAUUGUAACACUGAUUUAAAGCAGCUGCAACAUUUUGGAGUUUCCUUUUCCAAUCAUCAUCAACAAGAACAUCAUUUUGAUUGGAUCCAAAGUGAACUGCUGUUUGAAUCCUCUCACCAGCCUGGGAAUGAUAUACCUCAGUGCAGAUUCCCAUUGUGUGCUUGUGCUGCUUGAUUCAUACUUUUGCCUUGAUUGGGUGAAACUGGAUGGGGAUUGGAGCUAUAUACGUUAAAGGGAAGAUAAUUUGAGCAAUUAAUGAUAAAAGACAAACUUUUUCCUGCAUUUCAUCCUCCUUCUCACCAUUCUCAGCUGUUGCCAGGUCUGCUGAACAGUACAAGGGCAGGGAAAGUUUCGAAUCUUUCUUCCCCAUCUCACGGGUCUGAUGGAACCUUGCCUCCUAUAUGAGCAUAGGAAAAAGCUUAAUAGCAGUAAGUGGUCAAGCACCAUGGGACUUGCAGAUUUAACAGCUGGGGAAGGUUACCCAGACAGGAGGAAAGAAAGACUUGGAGGCAAAUGUCUUCCUGGCCUGCAAAGAGACUGCUGCAGGAGUAGGCCUCAAAUCCUUCAGCUGAACCAUAUUUUGGCCUCUGCAGCCUUUCCUUGCCUGUCUUCUAGUGAUACAAGAGCAGGACUCAAACUUUUCAGUUUGCAACAUGUCUUCCUGGCUACAUGAAACGUGAGUCUUCUUCUGUCAGGUGCCAGUGGGUCAGUAGGGAUCCUAAUUUUUUAAAAAUUAAUUAUUAGAAUUUAUAUACCGCCCUAUACCCAGGGGUCUCAGGGCGGUUCACAGAAUAAAAUCAAGAUAUAAAACUACAAAAUACCUAAUAAAAAUAAAAACAGUAACCCAGUACCACCACCCCCCCACAAAAAAAAAACAUAUUUUAAAAGGGCAGAGGAUGUAAAUCAACCAAAUGCCUGGUUAAAGAGGAACGUUUUUGCCUGGCGUCUAAAGGUGUAUAAUAAAGGCGUAUAAUGAUCCUCUUAGCGCCUCUGGGUAGUACCUGCAAUAAGGCUCUGAAUGCGUGUUAGGCCAAGAACAUAUGAUAAGGGGCCUCACUCCCUGGUUCCUAACCAAGUCAUGUUUUAGAUGCUACAUACUUGAUACUCAUACUACGUACUUGAUACUCAUUUCAACUGGGAGUUUCAUUUGUGAUUGUGAUUGAUUAUUAAUAAUAAUUUAUUUAUACCCCACCCAUCUGGCUGAGUUUCCCCAGCCACUCUGGGCGGCUCCCAAUCAAGUCUUAAAAACAGUACAGCAGUAAAUAUUAAAAACUUCCCUGAACAGGGCUGCCUUCAGAUGCCUUAAGAAAAACCCUUAGUGGAUUGCACUCUCAAUUGCAAAAUAUGUGCUCUUGUGGGAGAGAGAGAGGGAAAGGAAGGUUUAAAACUGUCCUUGUAAGCUCCCUCGUGCGGUUCUGCUGACUGGGGAACAGUUGAGAGAGGUGAAAUGGGAACUGAAUUGCAUAAGAAGUUGAUAUUUAUCUGUACUGUAGUUCCCUUUCCUGCUGUUUGACGGAUCCAUGGACCAGUAUGCUGUAGGCCACAUAAGGUUAGGCUAUGGGCAACAAUUAGCCCAAGGACUAUAAAUUGCAGACUCAGGCAAGGAAAGGCAUGCUAAUUUCAGACUAUGGAUACUGAUAAGAUAAUGUUCCUAUUGCUCAAUGUACACAAUGCAGUCAACCUUAGCAGAUUGUCCCACAGGCAGUUGGAAUUUUAUAUGUAUAUCCAGAAUUGUGCACAAGCACAUUGUCCAUGAGGCCUGGUGAACGUGCACAGUGACCAGUUGUAGUGCACGUUAACCACUCACAAGUGUGUGUGAACGCAUGAUGCGAAGCUGGAAUCACACUGUGGAGGACAGACCCAGCGUGACCGCCAUUUAAGCGUGGUUAAAUUACUUGCCUUUAAAGAACCAGUCAAUAAGCUACAAAGGUAGAAAUGGUUUCAAUAGGAAGCUUGCACCAAAGGAUUUUAGACAGAACAGCAGAUUGAGAGCUCCUCCAGCAACCCAUUGAUUCACCAUUCAUCCUGUUCUGCUUUUUUUGUGGGGUGUUUACACAUCACCUUAUUAGUCAUUUGUCAUCCCACACUCUUCAGUGCAUUUUCGCUGUCCCUUUUCAACCCACUCUCUCAAGCUACAAAGACUUAAAAGGGGACAUUUGCCAGGGGCCUUAAAGCUAGAGAAAUUGUUUGACU